CACUCCGCGGCUCAGUCAUUGUCCGACCAACGCCGCGGUCGCACUGCCGACCGGUGUCGCUACUGUCUUUGUCGUAUCAGUGCCCGUUACGAUCCACUCCGUCCGCAGGAGUGUCCGUGAAGUGUGGUGAUAGUGUGUUUUCAGCUGUACAAGCUAAAGUGUAUCGCUUCAAAGUAUCACUGUCAAGGGUGUGUUGCGAGUUCCCAGGAGUUGUCUGACGGUUGUCCGCCUGCCGGCGAGGGAAGGCGGAUCGCUUCUACCGGGAGGAAUGAGCCCCGCACACCACCGAUCCCGCACUCACCGAUGAUCUCAAGAGACCAUGCAUAUAGACACCUUACCGCUCGUGGUUUGGACGCUUUUAGUCACAACGACACAUGUAGCGACACAAAGCCAAUAUGGAAUAGGUUUAGGAAUAAAACGAGAAGUAUUUUUCUUAAAUUUAGAAGACGGCUAUUUUGGCUGUCAAGUAAACGAAUCAACACAAAUAUUACAGUUAUACGAAUUAUCUAAAUUAUGCGACGGCGUGCCUGAUUGUUAUAAGGCAUCCGACGAACUCAAGUCAGAGUUAAAAUGCACAGAUGACUGUACCAAAGAAGAUGGCGCACAAUGUAUAAAUGGUGCUUGUCUGAACGGUGUGUGCCAUUGCAACGAUGGUUUCGGCGGCUGCAACUGCCAGGACCUCGAUGUGAAUGAAUGUAAAGAUAGACCAUGCGAUGUCUUCGCUCACUGUACAAAUACCGUGGGGAGCUUUCAAUGUUCUUGCUUCCCUGGCUAUGAAGGCGACGGAUUCACAUGCAGAGACAUAAACGAGUGCGAAGACCCUGCGAUAGCAUCAAGAUGCGUCCAAAACGCGGAAUGUUGCAAUUUGCCCGCGCAUUUUAUCUGCAAAUGUAAUCGAGGCUUUGAAGGCGACGGCGAAGAAGAGUGUCGAGAUAUUGACGAAUGUCGUCGCCCCGGAGCUUGUGGAGCCAACGCUGUGUGCCAGAACUAUCCAGGAAAUUACACAUGUUCAUGUCAAGUUGGUUACACUGGAAAUGGAUUUGAUGGCUGCGUGGACGUGGAUGAGUGUGUCAGUGUAUCCGCGUGCGGCACGGGCGCGGUGUGCCGCAACCUGGACGGCGGGUACGAGUGCAGUUGUCCUGCCGGCUUCGAGGGCGACCCCCGCGUCGCCUGUCGGGACCAUGACGAGUGCGCACGAGCUUCAUGCGGCCGCGGAGCCCUCUGUGAAAACCUUCCUGGCGCCUACCGCUGUGUUUGUCCACCAGGUUUUGAAGGCGACCCCGAUGUGGAGUGUAUUGACGUGGAUGAAUGUAAGAAUAGCGAAGCUGUGUGCAGUGAACAUGCCGUGUGCACCAACACACUCGGCAGCUACAUAUGCACGUGCGGGCCGGAGUACACGGGAGAUGCUCGAGUGCCAGGCGGUUGCCAAGAUGUGGAUGAGUGCAAAACCCUUGAACGACCGUGUGGCACUUCUGCCGUGUGUGAUAACGCAGCACCAGGUUACAACUGCAUAUGCCCCCAAGGAUAUAGGGCAAAACCAUCUCCACAAAUAGCUUGUGAACAGGUCGACGUAAAUACGUUAUGUAAAUCAAACUUUGAUUGUACAAAUAAUGCUGAAUGUAUUGAAAAUCAAUGUUUUUGUAAAGAAGGAUUUGAUGCCAAAGGAUCUAUUUGCUUUGAUAUUGAUGAAUGUUCUACUAAAGCUGGUAUUUGCGGUGAGAACGCUUUAUGUGUAAAUACACUCGGUGGAUAUAACUGUGAAUGUACAGCAGGAUUUAUUGGCUCUCCACCACAAAUAACAUGCCGCGCUCCAUGUGAGGACGUUAAAUGCGGGGAGCACGCAUAUUGCAAACCGGAUGGCGCUGAGGCGUAUUGUGUCUGCGAAGAAGGAUGGACAUUCGACCCCAAUGAUAUAGCAGCAGGAUGUAUCGAUAUCGAUGAAUGCGACACAUCAAUUGGGCCAGUGGGUAAAUGUGGAACAAAUGCGCGAUGUAUUAAUAGCCUCGGAAGUUUCGCCUGCCAUUGUCCUGAAGGAUAUACAGGAGACGCAUUUAAACAGUGUUCGGAUAUUGAUGAAUGCCAGAUCGAUGGAACAUGUGGAGUUGGCGCAGAUUGUAUUAAUAAAGAAGGUUCUUUUGUAUGUGAAUGUCCCGAAAGUACUGUACCAGACCCAGAUCCUAAAAUACGAUGUUCUGAAAUUCUUUUAUGUGAAAGUGACAAUGAUUGUCCCGGAAAUGCUUUAUGUGACCCGAAUUCUAGAUGUUUAUGCCCAGAGCCGAACGUGGGAAAUGAAUGCCGACAUCCCUGCGAAACUCUACAAUGUGGAAGUAAUUCAGAAUGCCUGUUGAAUGAGCAAACUGCUCUUUGCACUUGUCGAAGUGGCUUUACUGGAGAUCCGUUAUUACCCAGCGGAUGUCAAGAUAUAAAUGAAUGCGACGUAAAUCCUUGCGGACCUGGUGCUGUAUGUAAAAAUUUACCAGGAUUGUUUCAAUGCGAGUGUCCUGGUAGUUUUAGUGGAGAUCCUUAUAUUGAAGGUUGUAUAGCAGUUCAAAUGCUAAGUGGAUGCAGCAGUAUUCAUCCGUGCCCGCAGGGUGAACAAUGUGUUUUACACGAUGGCGAAAACGUUUGCAUUUGUUCUCAAGGUUUCUCGCGGAACAAAGAAAGCGGGUUAUGUGAAGAUGUUAAUGAAUGCACUCAACAUGUUCGCUCACCUUGUGGACUAAACGCCAUUUGUAAAAACUUGCCCGGCAGCUAUGAAUGUAAAUGUCCAAUCGAUUAUAGUGGUAAUCCCUACAAUUUAUGUGAAAUGUGUAAUGAUGUAAGCUGCCAAUGUCAACCGCCUUACAAAUUAGUAGACGGUAACUGUGUAUUAUCUGGUUGUACAAAGGAUAAUAAAUGUGGCAAAGGUGCAGAAUGCAUCAAAAUUUCCGACGAAGUAAGUUAUUGCGCUUGUCCUGUGGGUUAUACGCAGACUGUAGAUGGGGCUUGUGAAGAUAUAAAUGAAUGUACAUCAGGACAGCCAGUCUGCGGAUUUGGGGCGGAAUGUGUAAAUACAGUAGGCUCCUAUACUUGCAAAUGCCCACCAGGUUACGGUAAGGAUUCAGUAUCGGGACAUUGUACAUUAAAUCAAAAGCGUUGUAUCAGUGAUUCAGACUGCUUUCCAAAUGAGAAAUGUAUACAGCCCGGAAAAUGUGUUUGCCCUCCACCAUUUUAUCUCGAUGUUACUGAUGGUCAAAAAUGUAAAAGUCCAUGUGAACGCUUCACCUGCGGAAUAAAUGCCAAAUGUACUCCAAGUGAUCCUCCAAGAUGUAUGUGUAUGACUGGGUACGAGGGUGAUCCAUACACGGGAUGUACCAAUAGAAAUGAAUGUCACAGUGCACCGUGUGCUUAUGGAGCUAUUUGUCACGACCAAAAAGGUGGAUACCAAUGUGUUUGCCCUGAUAGUAUGGUUGGAGAUCCGUAUAAAAGCGGUUGUACAAUGGAGGAAGGACCAACUCAAAAACAACUAUGUAGUUCAGACAAUGAAUGUCCAAAUACCUUGUCUUGCAUUAAUCGCACUUGUAUAUCACCUUGUGCUACUGUGUCUUGUGGCUCCAAUGCUUUUUGUGAAGUAGAUGACCACGCCGCGUGGUGCCGUUGCAAUCCAGGCUACACCAAACCUGAAGGAGGAAAAUGCAUAUCAGGUUGCGAUACAUAUUCCUGUGGAACUGGCGCACAAUGUAUUAUAUCGAAAACAGGGCCGACAUGUGUUUGUCCAGAGGGAAUGGUAGGUAAUCCAUUCCCAGGAGGCUCUUGUAGAACUGACCUUUGUGGAUCAGGCAAGCCUUGCGAGGAUCCACUGACAUGUGUCGCUGGCCGCUGUCGACAGCGAUGUGAAGGUGUUGUUUGUGGCGUGGGGGCAUCUUGUGACGACGAAAGUGGCAAAUGCAUUUGCAACGCAUUCUUUAUUGGAAAUCCUGAUUUAUUAUGUAUGCCACCUGUUGCUCCUCCAGCUUGUAAACCUGAUUGUGGGGAGAAUGCUCACUGUGUCUAUGGUCAAACUAAUGCUUGCAAAUGCAAUAAAGGAUUUACGGGAAAUCCAUAUUUGAAAUGUUUGCCACGAAGACAAAUUACUUGCGCUAAAACUAGUUGUGGCUCGAAUUCUGUCUGUCAACAAACUCGAUCGCAUGUAGAAUGUUUAUGUCCUCCAGGUUACAUAGGAAAUCCCAAUAUACAAUGUACAGAUAUAGAUGAAUGUAGUUCGAAGCCAUGUGGCGAAAAUGCCGUAUGUAUAAAUACUCCGGGAAGUUUUAGUUGUAUCUGUAAAAGCCGUUAUGUGGGUAAUCCUUACGAACUAUGUUCCCAGGUAUCGAUUUCAAAAUGCAUAGAAGGUAACAUAUGCACCUGCUCUCAUAACGCAACAUGUCCAGAUGGUUAUAUUUGUGAAAAAUCUAAAUGUGUGGAUAUUUGUCGCACUGUAAUGUGUGGGCCUAAAUCAUUAUGCCAAGAAGGGCUUUGCCAAUGUCUCCCUGGUCAUUCUGGAAAUCCAAAUGAUUUACAGCAGGGCUGUAUCCCAGAUGACAAAUGUAUGAUGGAUAGUGACUGUAGAGAUUCUGAAAUAUGCUUCCAAGUUGCUAAAGGUACUCGAAAAUGUGUGGAUUCAUGCAGUAAAUUACAAUGUGGACCGAAUUCUUUGUGUAUUGGAGCUAAUCAUCAAGCACAUUGUGUAUGCGCUGAAGGCUAUAUAGGAAAACCAACUGAUAUUAAAACGGGAUGUCAUUUGAAGCAAAGAGAACCUAACGAUUAUGAAUGCAGCGAAAAUAGCGAUUGUUCAGAUCAGCAAGUUUGCAUACCAGUUGAUGGCUCUAUCUACAGGUGCUUGGAUUUAUGCUCUGCUAUUGCUUGUAGCGCUAAUGAAGUAUGUCGUAUUGUAGAUAAGAGUCCACGAUGUGAGUGUAAAGAUAGUUUCUUAUGGAACCCUGUUAGCUCAACUUGUGAACAACCAUCAACGCCAAAUUGCGAAGUCGAUAGUGACUGCGAUGAUAAUAAAUCUUGUCAAAAAGAUGUACUUGGCGUUAAAAAAUGCGAAGAUAACUGUUUAAUAUUCACAUGUCCACAAAAUUCAAAGUGUGUUUCUAGAAAUCAUAAGAGUCAAUGUGAGUGCUUACCUGGUUUUAUUGGAAAUCCAAACGAUCGUGAUGGCUGUCUGUCCAUAAAUAGAAACGAAUGCACUGGUGAUGCACAAUGUAGAGAAAACGAAGUUUGUAAAUCUGUUGGUAAUAUAAAUAAAUGUGUACCAGCGUGUCAACAAUUAGUAUGUGGGCCAAAUGCAAUAUGUGUAACUAACAACCAUGUUGCCAAAUGUCAGUGCCCAUCUGGACCAUUUACAGGAGAUCCUAACGACUUAGAAAAAGGAUGCCAAUCGGUGCCAUGUAUUUACAAUGCAGAUUGUUUAUCCCACGAACUGUGCAACAGAAUGACACACACGUGUAUUAACGCGUGUAAUGAGGAUUCUUGCGGUGAAAAUGCUGUAUGUAUAGCGGAAAAUCAUAAGACCAAUUGCCAGUGUCCUAGUGGAUAUAAGGCAGACCCAUUGCCCGAUGUUAAUUGCCGGAAAAUUGAAUCGUGUAAUCCAAAUCCAUGCCAUAAGACAGCCUUAUGUGAACCUCGACUAUCGUCAUAUAUUUGUAAAUGCCCACAAGGACUAAUAGGAGACCCAAAUAAAGAUGGUUGUCGAGCACAAGGUGAAUGUCCAAACGGCGAUUAUGACUGUCCCAUUGAAACAUCUUGCGUUGAAGGACGUUGUGUUAAUCCCUGCGAUGGAGCGUGCGGAAUUAAUUCUUUAUGCAAAAUUGUUGAUAGAAAACCCAUUUGUUUAUGUCCUGAUGGUUACGAAGAUACUCAAGGAGGUACGGCAUGUAAGAAAAGGGUUUUAGAAUGUGUAAGUGAACAAGACUGCGAUGGUGAUAUUUGUUCUAAUGGCCAAUGUUUUACGGCAUGUAAACAUUCAAGUCAGUGUGAUACUGGUGAAGUAUGUGCAAAGAAUCUCUGUAUCACACAAUGUAACAAGCAUUCUCAGUGUGGGAUUGGUCAAGCCUGUGUAGGAAAUCAAUGUUUGAUUGGAUGUAGAGGUAACGAAGACUGCCCUAACGAUGAGUCUUGUCUAAAUAAUAAAUGUGCAAAUCCUUGCUUAGCAACGAGGGUUUGUGGUCCAAAUGCUAUAUGUUCAAGAAUAAAUCAUAAUAUUCAAUGUGAAUGUCCAGAAGGAUUUGAAGGAACACCUACACCUCAACAGGGUUGUAUAAGAAAACCUAGUUCUUGUGUAAGAUCAUCUGACUGUCCACCAGAUCAUAUGUGUAUUGGACUGUUGUGCCAAGUGCCUUGUCGAGAUAAUGCGGGCUGUGCUAUCGGAGAAAAAUGUAGUGAUAAUAAAUGUCACAAGAUUUGUCAUUCAAGCAGCAAUUGUUUACACGGAGAGCAUUGUAGCUUAGGUAUAUGUAUACCGGGUUGCAAAGCAGAUUCAGAUUGUCUAAAUAACCAGAUUUGCAAAGGAACGCAGUGUCAGUGCUCAUCUGGAUAUAAAAUGAUUAAUGACGAAUGUGUAAAUGUUAAUGAAUGCAGUCUUAAUCCAUGUCAUCCAUCUGCUCAAUGUUUUGAUACUCCUGGCUCUUUUAAAUGUAUAUGCCCAGGAGGGGCAAUCGGUGAUCCCUAUGCAACAGGUUGCUUAUUACCUAACCAAUGUCGUCGUGAUAGUCAAUGCGAAGACUCAUUUGCAUGUAUAAACGGAAAAUGUGCUAAUCCCUGCCAGAAUAAAGCCUGUGGUUACAAUGCAAUCUGCUCCGUAGUAAGUCAUCGAAUAACAUGUGCCUGUCAAAAAGGAUAUUUGGGAAAUCCAUUUGAUAAAAAAAUUGGUUGUUUUAAAGUAGAAUGCGUAGAAGAUUCUGAUUGUACUACUGAAAAAUACUGUAAUUCUAAAACAAACAAAUGUUCAGAUAAAUGUGAAGAUUUGGCAUGUCAAGGCGGGACUUGUAAAAUUGAAAAUCAUAAGGCACUAUGCACAUGCCCAUCUGGUUUUGAUUUAUCAAAUAACAAAUGUGAAGACUUGAAUGAAUGCCUGAAUAACCCAUGUCCAUUAAACUCUAACUGUAUCAACACACUUGGUUCAUAUACUUGCUCUUGCGUUAAUGGAACUAUAUUAGAUCCACUCAGUGGUAAUUGCAGAUUGCCUGGAGAUUGUCUUUCGGAUAAUGAUUGCGCAGACAAAACGAAAUGCGUUAAAAAACAAUGUGUUGAUCCUUGCGAUAAACUAUUAUCACCUUGUGUUAAAAGUGCAGUAUGCAGUGUAGUUAAACAUAGACCUGUCUGUGAAUGUCCGCCUGAUAGUCAUGGCGACCCAUUAACAAAAUGUACAAAAUUUGAAUGUACUAAGGAUACAGACUGCCCCUCUGAAGAAGCAUGUGUAAAUUACAAAUGCAAAGAUUCUUGUAGCAUACCUCGUGCAUGUGGUAGAAACGCUGGGUGCUUGUCUAGAAACCAUAUAGGACAUUGUACCUGCUUGCCAGGUUACACUGGAGAUCCAGUACAAGGAUGUGUUCCAAUACAAGAUUGUUCAGAUGAUACUAGAUGUCCUUCAGGAACAAAAUGUGUUGACAAUCUAUGCGUUGGAUUAUGUAAAAAUGCAAGAGAUUGUUUAAACGACCAAGUAUGUAUUCAAAACACCUGCAGGAUUACUUGUGACAGUAAUAACACUUGUCCAGAUUUCCAAUUUUGUUUGAAUAGAAUUUGCGUCAAGGAUAUUCAUUGUACAUCCAAUGAUGACUGUGAUGAUAGAGAGCAAUGUUCUAAAGGAAGGAAUGGAAUACCACAGUGUAUUGAUGUAUGUGAGAAACAGCCGUGUGGAAGACAAGCAGUGUGUAUUGGUAAAGGCCACCGACCGAUAUGUUCUUGUAAGGUAGGAUUUUUCGGAGAUCCCCUACAAGGAUGUACUAGAAAACAAUGUGAUAUCAAUGCAGAUUGCCCUAAUGAUAAACUGUGCGAUAAAAAUAUAUGUAAAAUUGCCUGUUUGAUGGGAAAUAACUGUGGAGAUAAUUCUGUAUGUUCAUCAGAAAAUCAUAAGCAAGUAUGCUAUUGUCAGCCUGGAUAUACAGGAGAUCCCAUGAAAGGAUGUGUUAAAAUAAAUUGGUGUGAAAAAAAUCCAUGUGGUAAUGCUGCAGAAUGUAGAAACACAAGAAAUCGAGCAGAAUGCUUGUGUCCGCCGGGUGCAGUUGGAGACCCAUAUGGUGAAGGAUGUCGUAAAUCACAAGAAUGUCGAUUUAACCGCGACUGCCCUGCCGUGGCUCGAUGCACUGUUGUAGAUGGCAUAAGAAAGUGUACCGAUGCCUGUGAGAACGUUAAAUGUGGACAAAAUGCAGUUUGCACGUCUUUGAGACACACUGGACAAUGCAAAUGUAAACCAGGUUACACUGGUAAUCCUGAUUUAGAAAAAGGAUGCAGAGUUCAAGAAACAUCAUGUUCAUUUAAAGCAGAAUGUCCUAGUGACCACUACUGCCAUAAAGGCAUUUGCAAAGGUUUGUGCUUAGUCGAUGAAGAAUGCGAUAAUUCGGAAAAAUGUUUCAAUGGGCAAUGCGUAGAUCCGUGUCAAGUAGAUAAGGCUUGUGGUUUAAAUGCAUUGUGCCGUUCUGAAAAUCAUGUACUGCAAUGUAGUUGCCCAUAUGGUUUUACGGGAAAUCAAGAUGUGGAGUGUGUAAGAAUGCCAAGGCUAUGUGGGUCAGCUGGAGAAUGUGAGAAUGAUCAUAUGUGUCAAGAUUCAAUGUGUUUACCACGUUGUAACAGUGACGAACAAUGUGCCUUAAAUGAAAAAUGUUCAAAAGGUGUUUGUUUAUUAACCUGUCGGGUCGAUAAUGACUGUUUUCUUGGACAUAUAUGUUUGGAAAAUAGUUGCCAGUAUGGAUGUCGUCAUGAUGAAGACUGUGGACCUGAUGAAUUAUGUAGAAGCAACAUUUGUAAAAAUCCUUGUGCCCGAGAAAUUAAUCCAUGCGGACCUAAUGCAGCGUGUUCUGUAGUAGACAGAAAGGCGAUUUGUUCAUGCCUAGAGGAUCUAAUACCAAACCCAACUCCUAACAUUGGAUGUGUCAGAGCGCCAUCAUCGCCUUGCCGUAAACACACUGAUUGCGUUAAUGGAUGGAGAUGUGAAGAUGACAGAUGUCGCCCCGCCUGUACGCUAGAUGGGUCAGAAUGUUUACAAGGUGAAAGAUGCUCUUCAGGGGUAUGUAGGUAUGCUUGUACCUCAGACGAUCAUUGCUCCGAUGUUGAAGUUUGCGAUGGUCGACUAUGCGUGACAGGAUGCAGAUCAAAUUCACAUUGCGCGAAUAACUUAGCUUGUAUAUCAGGUCAAUGUAUAGAUCCUUGCACAGAACCCGCUACAUGUGGCGCGAAUGCAUUAUGUAGUACUAAAGAUCACAAACCAGUGUGUGAGUGUCCAUCUACACUUAUUGGAGACCCAAAAGAAGUAUGCAGAAGAACGUCAACACCAUGUGAUGCAAAUAAAAACUGUCUGGAAGAUUUCAUAUGUUAUGGUGAUAUGUGUCAUCCAUCUUGUAGAAGUGAUAGUGUAUGCUUGUCCAACGAAAAAUGUAUACGAGGCAUUUGUAGAGUUGUAUGUAACAGUGAUGAUGCUUGUAGUGACGGGCAUAUAUGUGAGAACAGAAUUUGUAAACAAGGUUGCAGAGAUGAUAAUGCUUGUGACGUUAAUCAAGCAUGUAUUAGUGGUCAAUGCAGAGAUCCUUGUAAGGAGGGUGGAACAUGUGGAAUCUGUUCAGAUUGCAAAGUGCUUAACCAUAGAGCACAAUGCAGUUGUUCUAGUAAUUUCACAGGAAAUCCGCUUGUGGAAUGUAAAAAGAAAAAGCUUGCAUGUGAUGGUUACUGCCCUUGUGACGAAAGUGGUUACUGUAUUACUCUUUGUGAAGAAAAUUCUGAUUGUACCUGUGGAGAGAAAUGCUUCAACGGAGGAUGUAGAGCGCUAUGCUCUCCAAGAAAUAAGUGUCCCGAGCGACAGCUUUGUGUUAGAGGCGCCUGCUUACCAGGCUGUAAUACCGAUCGAGAUUGCGGAGAAGACAUGCUAUGUUCAUCAAAACUAUGCGUACCUGCUUGCAGUGACAGUUCUUGCGGCAAAAAUGCAAUUUGUUUAGCAACUCGACAUCGUGCUGUAUGUAGCUGUCCUAGCGGAUUUUCAGGAGAUCCUAUUAAAGAAUGCAAAUCCUAUGAAUGCUUACACAAUGAUGACUGUGGAGUUGAUGAAGAAUGCGAGUCUGAAGGAAAAUGCAAGAAUGUAUGCACAGGUGCCUGCGGAAUUAAUGCUAUUUGCCGCCCGGUGAACAGAUCGCCUCAAUGUUCUUGUCCACCAAACUAUAUAGGAAACCCUAAAAUCGAGUGUUCAAAACCUCCAGCUGGAAGUUGUUUACGUAAUCCGUGUGGAUUAAAUGCUCGUUGUCGAGACCUUGAUGAUGGAAGUUAUGAGUGCACAUGUCCUCCAAGUUGUGCCGGUAAUCCACAAAAACAAUGUUACUGUGGGGCAAUGGAGCCCUGUGCUUACAAAGCGUGUGGUACCAAUGCACAGUGCCGAAUUGGUUAUAAAGGCGAACCACAAUGUUAUUGUCCACGACAACAUCCUAACGGUGAUCCAAAUAUAGAGUGUUCUCAAGAACGUAGUGUUGUGGAUUGUCGCACAACUGGAUGUGGAAUUAAUGGAGAAUGUUUACGAGAAGGCGCAGAGUUUGUUUGUCGAUGUAUCCCAGGUACAGAAGGCCAAGCCGACGUAGAAUGUCAUACCAGUAUUGAAUGUACGAGCGACAAGGACUGCCCAGUAGACAAAGCGUGUUUGAGCUUGCACUGCGUGGAUCCGUGCACGGUACGCGGCGUCUGUGGAGAAGAUGCACUCUGCGUACCUCUAAUGCAUCGUGCGCAGUGUGCAUGCCCGCAAUGCUAUGUGGGCAAUCCAAGACUGGUUUGUCAGCUAGAUCCAACAUGUAAAUCAACCUCUGAUCUCAACGUGACAUUUACUUGUUCUGAAACAAAAUCAUGUCCAUCUAAAUUAGCCUGUGACUAUAACACAAAUCAAUGCCGCAAUCCAUGUCUUGGUUUUCAAAGCUGCCGAAGAAACCAAAAAUGUGAAGUUCGCAAUCAUGUACCUGUCUGCGUUUGUCGUAACGGUUUUGCUCUUAACGAAAAAGGCGAAUUAACUUGUGCCCCGGAACACGCAGAAUGUAUAAGGGAUGAACAAUGCCCAUCAAAUGCGGUCUGUCGAAAUUCCAAGUGCGUAAAUCCGUGCUUGGCAUCCAGGGAACCUAUGUGUCCCAAAGGAAAACAGUGUGAAGUACUGGAACAUCGGGUCAUGUGUGUGUGCGUUGAAGACUGCCACCCGACUAUAUCAAUAUGCUUAACGGAUAACGGCUGUCCGCAUAACUUAGCAUGUAAAGAUUACCAAUGCAAAGAUCCUUGUAAAGACGCUUGUGGUGGUGCCCCAUGCUCAGUAGAAGACCACCACCCAGUUUGCAAGUUCUGUCCUAAUGGAUUCACACACGAUGUCAAACAUGGCUGUAUCAAAGCAUUGCAAUGCGGUGCGCACGAGCAUUGCGCGCCGGGGCUGGCGUGUGUGAGCGGACAUUGCGCUAACCCCUGCGCAGACGGCGGACCAUGCACGCCGGGGCAACAUUGCGCCGUUGUCGAUCACCAACCUGUUUGUUCCAAAGUGUGUCAAUGUCAGACGUCGUCGGAUUGUGCUAGGUAUCCUAACACAUAUUGCGACGGUUGUGCUUGCAUACAAGGGAAACAACCAACUACUAAUUGUGGUCACUGCAGACCUGGAGUACCCUGCGAUCCAUUUUCAGGCGCCUGCAUGGAACAUGAUGGAUCUAAAAAUAUCCCACUAACCGAAACAUACUCCGAAUCUUCUCAGACCACGUUGGAAUCAAGCUCUGACUCUUCAUUAUCAAACGACGACGAAAUACACACUACUAAUAUUAAUCCAGACGCUAAUAACAAUAUUGACAUUAAUAUAAUGACCACACAGAACAUUUUUAAUGAUUUUGAUGAAUCAAAAACCACUUCAUCUACAUUUUCUGAUAUUACACAUUUUACUGACGGUACUUCAUAUACGGAUAUUGAUAAAAGUACAGAAAAAAACCAAGAAGUGACGUCUCACAGUUCAAUCUCUAGUGGUAGCACUGAAACAAAUAAAGCAUAUACAAUUCAAAAAUCAACUGUCACCAAAUAUACUGAAACUUCUUCUCCCAGAAUAUCAACAUCAAAAGAUAAUAAUAUUCAACCUGUAACAAUUUUCAAAGUUGUAGACACGACAUCAUUUAUUACUACGGAAAAAGACAUUACUACAGAUUCGAAGACAAUGCCUACUGAAAAUGUAUACUCUAUAACAGAUUCACCGGAGGACAAUCAGUUGACAUCAUUAACUAUUGAAAACAUAGAAAAGCAAACAAAUACACCUACUUCAUACACCACAGAAAAGAGAGGUUCAUAUAAUCCUACAUCAGACCCUUAUGAAUCUUGGCGAAGUAAUAGUACGAAAUAUGUUGAAAGUACUAUUAAACCUUUCAUUACUAGAUCACCGACUAGUAAUGAAUCUUCUACACAUUUAAGUGAAAACAAAAACACGAAGACGCCUGAAAAUCAAAGACAAUUGAAUAGUAAUUAUACAAUGCCGCCAAUACUUACAACAUCGCAGACAAAACACAUAUCAGAUACCACUGAAGUCGUACAUAAGGAUAUACGUACUUUAGUUUCCAGUAGCACAACCAUGAAAAAUAGACCAGAUAAAACAACUGAGUACCCAAACACAGACAUUGAAACCUCAGAAUCAUCAGAACAUAAUUUUGUAGAAAAUGAGGCGCGUUCCACAAACUUUGAAGAAAAUACAAAUAUACCAACGGAAUUUUUCUCUAAAGAAUUAUCAACUGCUCAACUAUUUUCAACUACACAGAACUCAGUAUCCUCUUAUGGUUUAACCGAAAGCUCAUCUGGUGUAAAUAAUAAUGGUAACACAGAUUAUUCAACUUCAGUGUCAUUAUCAGAUGAUAUAACUGGAUAUUCAACAACUGUCAAGGAAUUAAUUGGUGAAGAACAAUAUAAACAUACAGUAGCUUUAACUACAAGCGAGGAAAUUAAUUUGUCAGAAACCACAAUGACGCCGCUUAUGGAAACAACAACUCGUUCAUCAAAAAUACAUUCAACAAAAUCAAUAACCCAAUUUUUGACUUCUUUGACUACAGUAUCUUUACACGGUGUAGAGGAGUCAUCAAAUACCUAUGAUCAUGAACUUACAUUCUCCGAUAAUUUAACAGAAAAGUCCACUGAAUCUGAAGAAAAGUUAAUUCACGUUCACAUUGAAGAGCAUCAUGACAAUUCUUCUACAGAAUAUGACAUGUUGCAUACGUAUGAACCUGUUACAGAAUUAAAUCCAACAAAAAAUCCUAAUAUUUUAACUUCAGAAACAGAAAAUUCAUCAUUAACUCAGCAAGGAACUUCAACCUCUAUACCAGAUGGUAUGUUGGAAAGUAGUACAUUUAGCGAAAUAAAUUAUUCUAUUAAUGUGAUGUCACCUAUUACAUUAUCUGAUGGACCUGUUAAGACAACUAUUGAUUUUCCAAAAACUCGUUCUACAAAAGCAGAUUCAGAUAUUCCUAAUGCUUCAACUAAAAUAACUACAACUCCAGCCUUAAGGGUAGAAGACAAUAUUGGAUUGAUUAUCACUGAUAGCACAGAGUAUAAUGAUGAAGAGUCACCAAACACCACUCCACAAACGACAAUAGUGAAUAAUAAAAUAUCGCAUAGUAAAAAUGUGGCCGCAAUUCCCUCCGUCGAAUCUGAAAUAAAUUUAACUACUGCUAAUACUAACGAUGUAGUUGUAAAUAACAAUAACAUAUUUAAAGAUAUUAGCUAUCCUACAACCACAGAAACAGACUUCCAUACUAGUAGUAACACAAAAGAUUUCGCUUAUACAUUGAUACCAGAACUGUACAAUGUAAAUACAGAAACUUCUACAGAAAUUGAAAAUCAGUCGUUUUUUGCAAAUACAGAAAAUAUUGACUCUCAAAGCAAAACUAUAAUAACAACAAUGAAUAGAGUGACACAAAAUGAUAUAACUGCAGCUUUAAAUAAUAAACCAGAAGUGACAGAAUAUGCAGACGAAUAUUUAUCUUCACAAACUCUAACUACUAACACAGAUUAUUUUACCGAUAUUUCAAUAACACACAGUCAGAGUACCAAAAUUAGAAAUGUUAGUUUAGUAAAUUCAACUUCUCGACCUACAAUUAUGAUUAAAAUUGAUUUAAAUGAUGAAGAAAGUACAACACAAAACAUACUAACAAGAACGGGAAUGACUGAACACCAUACAUAUUAUUCCGAUAUGACUGAAAUACCGAUACUUAAUAUUUACACUGGCAAUGAUUCUAAAAAUAAUGAGAUUUAUACUGGUUUACCAACUGUUACCGAAUCUAUGAAACCAGAAUUUACUUAUUCUGAAAUAGAUGCCAAUUCAUCCAAAUUGAAUACAAUAACAACUGCAGAUAUACCUAAAUUAUCUGUAGAAACUACAAUACCUACAAUACCACCUGAAAAUAAGUUAGGCACAACGAAAGUUGAUGACGUAUUUGAUACUUCUUUAACCACAGAGUCUACUUAUUACACAAGUAUUUCAACCUUUUUGUACGACAAAGAAACUGAAACCAGUAAAAACAAAGAGCUUCAGAAUACUACAGAUAGUAAUGUUUUAUUACAAAAGAAAAAUAACAUUCACAAUGAAGAUAAAACAUCAAGUGAUACAAAAGAUAACGUAUAUACAACGCCAACCUAUGAUUAUCGAGAUGAGACAACAGAAAUAACUUACUUCAUACAAACAAAUUCAAAAUCAGACACCACUACCUUAAGUUUUGAUAAUAAGAAGACAACCAAUAAUGAUUGGACAACGAGAUUGACUUUGGUUAGCUCUAAUAAUCAUCCAAUUACAUCAAAUACAGAUUUUAUGUCUACAAGUAACGAAUACCUUGAUAAAGAAACUGUCCACAUGUAUGAAAGUGAUAUAACGACUGAAAGUCCUAAAUUAAUUUCACGUUUUACAGAAAUUACAGAUACACCUUUUUUAACAACGACUAACUCGGAUAAUAUCUAUGUAAAUAAAAACAUAGCUAAUUCAAAUGAUCGCACUAUAGAUUACAAUUCAGAUCAAACUACGAAAAACGAUACUCAUACAACACCUUUGACACCGGAUAAAUUUCAAAAUAAGACAUCAACAAGUUUUGGUCAGGAAAAUACAACAAAGACUACUUACUUCAUAGCAAAACAAACUGUAUUAGAUACUACAACCUUAAAUUAUAAUAAUAUUGAGAUAACAUUGGACAAUAACCAAGUUAUUUCAAGAACAACUCCACUAAUAAAUAUAAAUACGAAUUUAAAGUCCAUAAGUUCUGAAGAGUUUGAUAAAGAUAAAACAACUGCCCAACAAUACGACGAUGAUAUAACGAAAGUUGAAAGCUCUACUUCACAGUUUUAUUAUAAAGAAGUCACUGAGAAAUCUCAGCAACCUACAAAUAGUUACGAUGUAAUACAUCAUAAGAACAACCAAAAAGAGGAACAAGAUUAUGAGUCUGGAACUGGUUCUACAUUUUUGACUUUAAAUACAGAGUUAAAUGACUUGAGCUCCAUAACUACGACAUCAACUAACGUAUUUCAAAGUGAAAAAAUGAAUCAAGUUACAGAUGAGAUUAAAACCACACCUACAUACUUGACUGAUGUACAUUUUAAUGAAAAUAGUACUCCUUUUCAACAAGAUGGUAUAUUACUAACGAAGAAAAUCAGUACAGAAGAUAGUUCUAAAUCAAAAUUGGACACAACAACUACUCGUUAUUUAGAAACAACAUUUUUAGUAAGUACGGAUAUUGAAGAAAAUAAUAUACAAACAGAGAAUUCUACAUCUGUACACAAAGAGGAACCUUCUGCAACAUCAACCGAAUCAAACGAAUUUUAUGACGUUACAACUAGUGAACCAAUUGUUUUUAAAAACAUUAUUUUAGAUAAUACUUUUGAUGAAUACGAUAAAACAACGAUAAGUACUGCAGAUUUAACAACUAUGUCCGAGUUUGGUAAUAAAGUUGCAUCACAUAUUUUCGUUCAACCUUCUACAGAUAGUGUUUUUUCAACCAAAUCUGAAGAUAAUGAUUACAAUAGUAUCAAUUUCGAAUCCACAAUAGAUAAUAUUGUUACUGUUUCCCCAGACUCUACCUUAUCUUCAGGAACCAAUGAGUAUACAACGGGAAAUCAUAUUUUAAAUAUAAAGUCCACUUAUCCUACAACCAAUUUACCCAACAAUGUUCACAAAGUAACGGAAAUUACGGAAAAGUCGUCUGAUUUUACACAAAAAAAUUUAGCACUGGAUACACCAACUUCUUCAUCAUCACCACCAACAAAAUAUCUUACGGAAAUUAGUUCAGAUCAUAAUACAGCCAGUACACAACAUUACACCACACCUACUGAUACAUUUACAUUAGAUGGCAUGAGUAACUCGUCAACAUCUUUACCGAGUAUAAGUACGUCUACAGAUAACUCUUCUUCCCGUAGUAAAGAUGUAGAUAUAUCUGCAUGGGACGAUUCAACGACUAUCACGACAAUAACGGAAAUGACAACAACGGAAACAUAUUACAAUGACACUAGUACUGACAUUCACUUUGUAAACCGAUGUAAAACGAAUUUGGACUGUCCGACGGACAAAGCUUGCUUAAACGGAGUAUGCCAGAAUCCAUGCGAAGUAGCGCAGAGUCCAUGUGCAAAGGAUAAGUCCUGUAAAGUAGUCGGCCACGUCGCGGGCUGUGUAUGUGAUGAUGCCGCUGGGAACAACUGUUUGAGAGAAUCACCUGGGACACCUAAGAAACCGGAACCUUGUCAUUCUGAUCGUGACUGUAUAGAAACCGAAGCUUGUUUCAUGGGACUGUGUCAUAACCCUUGCGAGUUUGACAAUGUUUGUGGUAUUGGAGCCAAUUGCCAACCAGUAAAACAAAGGCCAAUGUGUUCGUGUCCAGCAGAACACGAUGGGAACCCUGCUGUUAAAUGUUCACCCAAAAUAUUUGGUUGCACUCGGAACGACGAUUGUUCUGUCACUGAGGCUUGUAUAAACAAUGCAUGUCAGCACCCGUGUGCCAUACACAAUCCGUGCGCACAUAAUGCCGUCUGUAUAAAUACAAACCAUGGUUCCGACUGUAGCUGCGCUGAAGGAUUUCAAGGAAACGGCUAUGUUGGAUGUGUGGCAGUUGUUACUUCUGGAUCUGUUUGUCAGUAUAACGAAGAUUGUCCCCCAGAGUUAUUAUGUGAUCGAUUGAAUAGAGUAUGUAUUAGCCCAUGUGCAGUCAAUACAUGCGGAGAAAAUGCCGAAUGUAUACCGUCAAAUCAUGGAAUUGAAUGUAAAUGUUACGCUGGUUAUACCGGUAAUGCUUACCUAGAAUGUUUCCAAGUACAAGGGUGUCGAUCUGACAAUGAAUGUCAAAAUUCAGAAGCAUGCAUUAACGGAAAAUGUAGUUCUCCAUGUCGAUGCGGAGUGAAUGCCGUAUGUGAUGUUCUGAAUCAUCGUGCUUCAUGUAAAUGCCUACCUGGAUACACGGGUAAUCCUGCAAUAGGUUGCGAGCCUCCUACUAAUCCUUGUGUUCCUAACCAAUGUGGAACGAAUGCAUUGUGUGAAAAUGAUAACGGACGCCCGAUCUGCCACUGUCCUAAAGGAUUAACUGGAAAUCCAUUCCAAAGCUGCAUACCAGAAGGUAAUGAAUGCGAGCCCAAUCCAUGCGGGCCUAAUUCCGGAUGCAGGCUAAUUGAUAACAAACCAGCUUGCUUCUGUUUACCAAAUUAUGAAGGAAAUCCCCCAAGGCAGGCCUGUAAAAUGCCAAACAAUCCAUGCAACCCAUAUCCAUGUGGUCCUAAUACUCAAUGUACAGUAUUACCUAACGGUUUUGCAAAAUGUACUUGCUUACAAGGUUACGUGGAAAGUCCAAACACAGUUCGAGGUUGUAUAGAAGCAAGAAAUCCAUGUAAUCCAAAUACGUGUGGAAAUGGGGCGCGAUGCGAUCCAAACAGAAUACCGGCUUGCUAUUGUCCGGAAAACACAAUUGGAAACCCGUACAAAUCAUGUGUGCAUAGACCUUACUUACCUCCAAAUGGACUUUGUCAACCCGGCCCUUGUGGAGAAAAUGCUGAUUGUUAUGUAAGCAGUAACACAGAAAUGUGUUUCUGCAAAACAGGGUUUAUUGGUGAUCCUUAUACUGGAUGCCAACCAAGAAAGAGUCCCUGCAUACCUAAUCCAUGUGGCCCUCAAGCUCUUUGUAAUCUUAACUAUGAGGGUGACGCAGUAUGUACAUGUCCCGCAGGAAGUUCUGGCGACCCAUAUGGUAUCAACGGUUGUCAUUCGCGCGAAUGUGAAGUAGACGAUGAAUGUCCACACGAUAAAGCUUGCAUUGGCUAUACAUGCAGCGAUCCUUGUCCAGGUGUAUGCGGAUUGAAUGCUAAGUGUCAAGUAGAAUCUCAUCGGCCUUUGUGUUCUUGUGAAGAUGGACUUAUAGGAAAUCCAUUAAUCUGCUGUUUACCUCCAGAAGAUCAAAAAUCAAUAAGACCUUGCAAUAAGCAACCAUGCGGUGUAAAUGCCAUAUGCCAAGAUGUUGGUGACAAUGCAUUAUGUUCUUGCCCGCCUGACUACUUUGGUGAUCCAACAGUGGAAUGUAAACCAGAAUGUGUUAUGAAUUCAGACUGUCCUUCAAACGAAGCUUGUGUAAAUAAGAAAUGUACAGAUCCAUGCGUUUUCGACAACGUUUGUGGUAUCAAUGCUGUAUGUUUAUGUUCGGAUCACACAGUGUCAUGUCUUUGCAAAGAUGGAUACAUCGGUGACCCACUCACGCAAUGCAUAUAUCGUCCUAUUAUCAUCACACCUGACAAUACUACUGCUCAACCAUGUUCUCCGAAUCCAUGUGACCCUAAUUCUCCGUGUGAUACCUAUGGUGAUCAAUUUGCUAUCUGUAAUAGUUGUAUCGGACCAAAUGCUGCCAAUAAUCCAGCUUGCAGACCGGAAUGUGUGUUAAGCUCCGAUUGUCCAUUUAAUAAAGCAUGCUUGGGAAAUAAAUGCAUAAAUCCAUGCCCAGGUUCAUGUGGAGCUAAUGCUGAAUGUACUGUAUAUCAUCAUGAUCCAAUUUGCCGGUGUAUUAAUAACUUUGAAGGAAACCCAUAUGAGAAUUGCAAACCUCCAAUUCAUCCCGUUCUCGUAGAAAACACCUGUGAUAACUUACUAUGUGGUCCAAAUGCAGUAUGUGCUAAUUUAAAUGGAGCUUUAACUUGUCAGUGUUUACCCGACUUCUACGGAAAUCCGUAUAUAGCAUGUCGACCAGAAUGCGUUGUUAAUAGUGAUUGUUCACCAGAUUUAGCAUGUCUUAAUAAUCGAUGUGAAAAUCCUUGUACUGGUGUUUGCGGAAUUGGAGCACUAUGUAAAACAGUAAAUCAUCAUGCCGUUUGCUACUGUGAACAAAGUUAUACAGGAGACCCUUAUGUAAGAUGCCAGCCAACACCUAAUCUACCACCUACAGUGACAACAUGUGACCCAUCUCCCUGUGGCCCAUAUAGCAGAUGUAUUUUAUCACCAAGUGGUUUCGCAGUAUGUUCUUGUCUACCUGGACAUAAAGGUGUAGCUCCUAUGUGCCAACCAGAAUGUGUUAGCAAUUCAGAUUGUCAGCAAACUGAGACAUGCGUUAACCAGAGAUGCGUAAAUCCUUGUCAAGGCAGCUGUGCCCUCAAUGCAGUAUGUAUCAUGGUAAACCAUAAUCCGAUAUGUAGCUGCGGCCCUGGAAAAACUGGAGACCCAUUCGUUGCAUGUUAUGACAAUCUUGAGACUCCUGAUGUUCAAAAUCCAUGUGUGCCAUCACCGUGUGGUCCUAAUUCCGUAUGUGAAAUCAAGUCUAAUCAUCCAGUGUGCUCUUGUAGACCCAGUUAUUCAGGCACACCUCCUUAUUGCAGACCAGAAUGUGUUAUUAGCCAAGAAUGUCCAUCGAACAAAGCUUGUAUAAACGAAAAAUGCGUGGAUCCAUGCUUGGGGGCAUGCGGAAAUAAUGCUCAAUGCAAUAUUGUGAAUCAUACCCCGUUAUGUAGUUGUUUAGAGGGAUACAGAGGAGACGCAUUCAUUGGAUGUGUGGUCAAAUCAAGGAAUGAAACAAAAACGCCAUGUAAUCCUUCGCCUUGUGGUGAAAACACAAUUUGUACUGUGGUUAACGAUGCAGCCCGAUGUUCAUGUAUACCUCCUAAUAUCGGCAACCCGUACGCUGGCGGAUGUCGGCCAGAGUGCACAAUAAAUUCAGAUUGCCCCAACCACUUAGCAUGUUUAUCCAACUACUGUCGCGAUCCAUGUAAAGAUCUUUGUGGAAUUAAUGCAGAAUGUAGUGUGACAAAUCAUGUUCCACUAUGUUCUUGCUUCAGAAACUACGAAGGUGAUGCAUAUUCCUCAUGUCGCCCAACGCAACAGACACCUGUGUAUCAAAAUCCUUGCGAGCCCUCCCCCUGUGGACCUUACAGUGAAUGCCACGUGGUGAGCGAUAGGGCUGCCUGUUCGUGUCGCAGCGGAUACCUUGGAGCGCCGCCUGCGUGUCGGCCCGAAUGUGCUGUCAACUCAGAUUGCCCAGCAAACAGAGCAUGCAUAAAUUUAAAAUGUAAAGAUCCGUGCAUUCACAGUUGUGGAUUGGAUGCCCGUUGCCACGUUGUAGGACAUAAUCCAAUCUGUACAUGCCCUGAAAAUAUGCCAGAGGGAGAUCCAUUUAUCAGGUGCUACAGAAAAUCUUUGCCACCUCCUACAACUGAUCCCUGCAUGCCGUCACCAUGUGGUCCUCAUUCAACAUGCCGCAAUGAAGGUGGUCGCACGGUGUGUGCCUGUGAGCCUGGCACACUGGGUGCACCUCCUGCUUGUCGGCCUCAGUGCAUUAUCAACCAAGACUGUCCACUGGCGCUAGCUUGUCUUGCUGGCACCUGCGUCAAUCCGUGCGUAGGAUCGUGCGGAUUCAAUGCUAGAUGCAAUGUGCAAAAUCAUCAGCCUAUUUGUUCCUGCGACGAGGGAUUUUCUGGUGACCCGUUCGCCGGUUGCAGUCCAAUAGAGACUCCAAAAGAUGUUCCACAUCAACCAUGCAACCCAUCACCUUGUGGAGCUAACGCAAUUUGUCGAGAAAGAAAUGGUGCUGGGGCAUGCACUUGUGUAGAUAACUUUUAUGGGGACCCGUACUUGGGUUGCCGUCCAGAAUGCGUUAUGAACACUGACUGUCCUGUAGACAAAUCAUGUUUCAAUUACAAAUGUGUGGACCCAUGUUCUGGCACCUGCGGACAAAAUGCCGAUUGUAGAGUUACGAAUCAUGCACCUUCUUGCUAUUGCUUACCUGGAUAUACUGGAAAUCCACUUCAUGCAUGUGUUCCUGUUAAGACUCCACUGGAACCUGUGGACCCAUGUCAUCCUUCACCUUGUGGACCCUAUAGUAAAUGUCGUACAUUUAACGGACAUGCUGUUUGUACCUGUCUUGAGUUAUGUAUCGGUUCUCCGCCAAACUGUCGACCUGAGUGCAUUGUUAGUUCCGACUGUCGACCAGACAAAGCAUGUAUUAAUCAAAAAUGUCAGGAUCCUUGUCCAGACAUGUGUGGUUUGAAUGCUGUAUGCCAAGUGGUAAAUCAUAAUCCAAUAUGUAGUUGUUUAUCGGGUUACACUGGAGAUCCGUUUGUACGAUGUUUCAUUGAUGACAGGCCGAUGAUACCUAUUAAUGUAUGUCUACCAAAUCCGUGCGGACCGAAUUCACAAUGCAAAGAGAUAAAUGGGGUACCGGUAUGCUCUUGUGCAGAGAACUAUGUUGGUCGCCCACCUAGUUGUAGACCCGAAUGCGUUAUGGAUGCGGAAUGCCCAGGAAAUUUGGCAUGUAUAUCAGAGAAAUGUAGAGAUCCGUGCCCCGGAUCUUGUGGAUUCCACGCACAAUGUACAGUGAUAAAACACGUACCCAUUUGUACUUGUGAGCAAGAGUACACUGGAGAUCCGUUCUCGGGUUGCUCGAUAAUUCCAUUACGAGAACCCCAAGAUGCUAGUCCUUGUGUUCUAUCACCAUGCGGAGCGAACGCAAUAUGUAAAGAAAGGAACGGUAUCGGAUCAUGUUCGUGCUUACUAGAUUAUUAUGGCGAUCCUUAUAUUGAAUGCAGACCAGAAUGUGUAUUGAAUUCGGACUGCCCCAAAAAUAGAGCUUGCAUUCGUAAUAAGUGUAAAGAUCCAUGCCCUGGCGUAUGCGGAAUGAAUGCAGAAUGUACAGUGAAUAACCAUGCUCCCUCUUGCGCAUGUUUCCCGGGUUAUGAUGGAAAUCCAUUUACGACUUGUUACAUAAGAAAUAUUGAACCGGUUGAUCCUUGUUUACCGUCUCCAUGUGGACCUUAUAGUGUAUGUCGUGUGACGGAGGGACAUGCAAUAUGUUCAUGUCAGGAACAAUAUUACGGGUCUCCUCCUUUCUGUCGACCGGAAUGUAUGGUCAGUAGCGAUUGCAUGCCCAAUAUGGCGUGCCUAAACCAAAAAUGCGUCGACCCAUGCAUUGGAGCUUGCGGAAAUAAUGCAAAGUGUACAGUCGUCAACCAUAAUGCACUAUGUAGUUGUCCAACUAAUUAUAUUGGGGAUCCGUUUACAUACUGCACAUAUGAAGAAAGGCCCAAAGCGAAACCAUCUGGAAAUCCGUGUAUCCCAUCACCAUGUGGUCCAAACUCCCAAUGCCGUGUGAUAGGGGAGACACCUGCAUGUUCUUGUCAGCCAGGAUAUAUUGGUAGAGCGCCUAAUUGCCGACCUGAAUGUAUAUACGAUGAAGAAUGCCCUAGCAAUCUUGCAUGUAUUCGUGAAAGAUGUGCCAACCCUUGUGAAGGUUCCUGUGGUAGUAAUGCAGAAUGUAUUGUUAUCAAUCAUAAAGCGAUAUGCCAUUGUCGAGAAGGAUAUAGUGGGGAUCCAUUUAGCGGUUGUCGUUUCAUCUUGGCUAUACCAAGUGAAGAAGAAACAAAUCCAUGUAACCCAUCACCUUGUGGUCCGAACUCUUUAUGUAAAGAGAAGAAUAAUGCAGGAUCCUGUAUAUGCCAAGAAGGAUAUUUCGGAGAUCCGUACUUGGGUUGCCGUCCAGAAUGUGUCACAAAUAAUGAUUGUCCCUUAAACAAAGCAUGUUCAAAUAAUAAAUGUAUUGAGCCAUGUCAAGGUGCAUGUGGAAUUAAUGCUCAAUGUACAGUAGCACAUCAUACACCGGUUUGUUUGUGCCUUGACGGAUAUGAAGGAAAUCCUGUAGUUUCGUGUCAUCCGCAAAGAUCACCUCCGCUAGCUGAUGCGAAUCCAUGCGUGCCAUCACCUUGUGGUCCUUAUAGCACUUGCAAAGAAUUCGAUGGUCAUGGAGUAUGUUCUUGUCAGGAAGGUUUUGUUGGCUCGCCACCAUCAUGUAGACCAGAAUGUGUGAUAAGUACGGAUUGCCCACAACAUCAAGCGUGUAUGCGUCAAAAAUGUCGGGAUCCUUGUCCAGGAACUUGUGGCGUUAAUGCUCGCUGCCAAACUAUAAAUCAUAAUCCGAUUUGCACAUGUAAAGCAGGAUUUACUGGUGAUCCAUUUAUCGCGUGCCAGUUGGAACCAAAACCUAUGAUCACGGGGCCUAAAGGAAAUCCAUGUGUGCCUUCACCAUGUGGUCCAUAUUCUCAAUGUAAAGUAGUUGGUGAAGCGCCUGCAUGCUCAUGCUUACCGAAUUAUAUUGGUGUUGCUCCAAACUGUAGACCGGAAUGUUCAAUCAACGCUGAAUGCCCUGGUAAUCUUGCAUGCCAAAAUGAAAUGUGUGUUGAUCCUUGUCCUGGAUCUUGUGGUUUCAAUGCGGAAUGUACUGUAGCAAAUCAUGUCACUUUGUGUAAUUGUGUGCCAGGCUAUACAGGUGAUCCUUUCAGUGGAUGUUCGCCAAUCGAAUAUACAUCACAGCCUCCGCCAAAUCCGUGUAAUCCAUCUCCAUGUGGCGCUAAUGCACUAUGCAAAGAGAGAAAUGGAGUCGGUUCCUGCACCUGCUUACCAGAAUAUUUCGGUGAUCCCUACACAGGUUGUCGGCCCGAAUGUGUGUCAAAUUCAGACUGCGAUCGUAAUAAGGCAUGUUCAAAUAAUAAAUGCAAAGAUCCGUGCCCAGGAGCGUGCGGAAUGAAUGCAGAAUGUCGCACCGUCAAUCAUGCACCAACAUGCACCUGCCUUACCGGAUAUAUUGGCAAUCCCUUGGUUAAAUGUAACGUAGAAGAUAAAUCUUUGCCUCCGAUUGAUCCAUGUCAACCAUCACCUUGUGGACCGAACAGUCUGUGCAAGGCAAUUAAUGGUCAUAGUGUAUGCACUUGUGACAUCGGUUAUAUUGGUACACCACCCUCUUGCCGUCCAGAAUGUAUUGUCAGUUCAGAAUGCCCUCAAGAUAAGGCUUGUGUAAACAAAAAAUGUAUAGAUCCAUGUCCAAAUACAUGUGGGCUUAACGCUCGUUGUCAAGUUAUCACACACAAUCCUAUAUGCAGUUGUUCGGCAGGCUUUACGGGAGAUCCGUUUACAAGAUGUGAACCACAAAAACCCAGUGUUAAUAAAAAUCCAUGCGUACCAUCUCCGUGCGGGCCGAACUCAGAAUGUCGUGUCAUUGGAGAUCAAGCAGCCUGUUCUUGCCAACUGAAUUACAUUGGAAGAGUUCCUAACUGUAGACCAGAAUGUACGAUUGAUGCUGAAUGCCCUAGCAAUGCAGCCUGUGUUAAUGAACGCUGUAAAGACCCAUGUCAAGGUGCUUGUGGCCUAAAUGCUUUGUGUUUAACUGUUAAUCAUAGACCAAUAUGUAGUUGUCAACAAGGAUUCUCAGGAGACGCAUCACAAAACUGCGUACUAAUUGUUAUGUCACCAACUGAAAUGACAACUUCAAGUCCAUGUUCGCCUUCUCCAUGUGGCCCUAAUGCUGAAUGCCGUGAACAUAAUGGCGCUGGUGCGUGCGUUUGUUCCAAUGACUUUGAAGGUGACCCAUACAGUCCACAAGGAUGCCGUCGGGAAUGUGAAAGUAAUGAUGAUUGUGCAUUGAAUUUAGCCUGCACGCGAUUUAAAUGUAUCGAUCCAUGUCCAAGAACAUGUGGUCAAUAUGCUCAAUGUUCCGUCGAAAAUCAUGUUCCAGUAUGUACAUGUCCUAGAGGCUAUUCAGGAGAUCCAUUUUUCCAAUGCAAAGAAAUUCUAGUCACUCCUACACCAACUCCUAACCCAUGUGAGCCUACCCCAUGUGGACCUAAUAGCCAGUGCAGACAAGUUAAUAUGCAAGCAGUAUGUUCUUGCCUCCCUAACUACGUGGGAUCGCCCCCUUCAUGUCGACCACAAUGCAUCGUAAACAGUGAAUGUGAUACAUCUAAAGCUUGCAUUAAUCAAAAAUGUGACGAUCCAUGUCCAAACACAUGUGGUUUGAGAGCCCAUUGUUUAGUAAAAAAUCAUAAUCCAAUAUGCACGUGUCCAGCUGGUAUGACUGGUGAUCCAUUUACUCAAUGUUACCCCAUUGUCUUUGAACCUGAAAAACCUUCUUGUACACCUUCACCUUGCGGACCUCACUCACGCUGCCAAUUGCUACCAAGUGGACCAGCUUGCUCAUGUUUGUCAGGAUAUAUCGGUUCUCCACCAUCAUGUCGACCAGAAUGCACAAUUAAUUCUGAAUGUCCUGCCUCCCUGGCUUGUGUACGACAAAAAUGUGAAGAUCCUUGUCCAGGUUCUUGUGGUAUUGAUGCAAACUGCCAUGUAUUAAAUCAUGUAGCAGUUUGUGUCUGUAAUGAGGGAUAUACUGGGGAUCCAUUUUCAAGAUGCCAACCAAUAAUUGAAGCUCCAACUACUCCAUCUUAUUCAGAUGCAUGUAACCCUUCACCUUGUGGUCCUAAUGCCCAAUGUGACAAUGGAAUUUGUACAUGUUUAUCUGAAUACAGUGGAAAUCCUUACGAGUCAUGUCGACCUGAAUGUACUGGAAGCCAAGAAUGCCCUAGAGACAAAGCGUGCUUCCGAAAUAAAUGUCGUGACCCUUGCCCGGGAGUAUGCGGACAAAAUGCUAAAUGCGAUGUCAUCAAUCAUAUACCAAGCUGUUCCUGUUUGACUGGUUAUACAGGAAAUCCGUUCACAUUUUGCAAUGUAAUUGAACAGGAUAAAAAAGCUCCAAGGGAUCCGUGCCACCCUUCACCAUGUGGUCCUAAUAGUAUUUGUAGAACUACGGACAAUACAGCCGUAUGUGCUUGUAUUGAAGGAUUCCAAGGAUCUCCACCAUCGUGUAGGCCUGAAUGUGUUGUAAGCUCGGAAUGUCCAUCAACAAAAGCUUGCGUCAAUCAAAAAUGUAUAAAUCCUUGUAUUAACGCCUGUGGAAUAUCAGCUCGUUGUGAAGUAAUAAACCAUAGUCCAAUCUGUAGCUGCAAUCCUAGUGAAACUGGAGACCCAUUUAAGAGCUGCCACGUCUUAGAUAUUCCACAACCACCAGUUGAUGCUUGUAAUCCUACACCUUGUGGACCAAAUUCAUUAUGUAUGGAACGAAAUGGAAAAGCAAAUUGCCGGUGUAUCGACAAUUAUAUCGGACAACCACCCAAUUGUAGACCUGAAUGUGUUAUAAGUCCAGAUUGUCCAUCUAAUCAAGCAUGUAUUAGAAAUAAAUGUGUUGACCCAUGUCCUGGCUCAUGCGGUAUUAAUGCAGAUUGCAUAGUUGUCAGUCAUACUGUAUCUUGUAGUUGCAGAGAAAAAUAUACUGGAAAUCCAUUCUUACAAUGUAUACAAAAAGAAGAAAAAGAACCACGGCCAUGCGACCCAUCACCAUGUGGUCCUAACGCAAUAUGUAACCAACGAGAUGGAGUUGGAUCAUGUUCAUGUUUAGAGGGUUAUGAAGGCAAUCCAUACGAUGGUUGUAGACCGGAAUGUGUGCUAAGUUCUGACUGUUCGGCUGAUAAAUCGUGUAUAAGAAAUAAGUGCACCGAUCCAUGUCCAGGAAUAUGUGGUUCUAAUGCAGAAUGUACUGUUAUUAAUCACGUGCCUACUUGCGCCUGUAUUAAAGGAUAUUCAGGAAAUCCUUUCAUGCAAUGUAUUAAAGAUAUUCCGAUACCGGAACCUAAACCAUGUCAACCAUCACCAUGUGGUCCAAAUAGUAUAUGCAGAGAAAGUGGUGGCUUGGCUUCUUGUGAAUGUCUCCAAGAUUACAUAGGCGCACCACCAGAUUGUCGUCCAGAGUGUACAGUAAGCAGUGAAUGCCCAUCAGAUCGCGCCUGCCAUAAAUUAAAAUGCGCUGAUCCUUGUCGCGGUACUUGUGGUAUUGGUGCACAUUGUCAAGUUGUAAAUCAUAGUCCAUUAUGUAGUUGUCCACCUGGCACAAGUGGCGAUCCUUUUACAAGAUGCUUAGAAAGGGAAACGGUCGUAAAACAAGAUGAUACUCCACCUAUCAACCCAUGCCAACCAAAUCCUUGCGGUCCAUACAGUGAAUGUCGACCCAUAAAUAACAGUCCAUCAUGUUCCUGCAGUCAAGGAUAUACAGGUGCUCCACCCAAUUGCCACCCAGAAUGUUUGGUCAAUACUGAUUGUCCGUCACAUCAAGCAUGUAUUGCAGAAAAGUGCCGAAAUCCUUGUGAAGGUUCUUGUGGAUUCAGAGCCGAAUGCCGUGUACAUGACCAUAUACCAAUAUGCAGCUGUCCAUCUGAUUAUUCGGGUGAUCCAUUCAUUCAAUGUUCAGAAGUAUUAGUUGUACCAACACCACCAAUAGAUGCGUGUAAUCCUUCUCCAUGUGGAAGUAAUGCACUAUGCGAAGCAGGUAUCUGCAGGUGUUCUCCUGGAUACUUUGGCGAUCCUUAUAUAGCAUGUCGACUCGAAUGUUCUACUAAUGGCGAGUGCUCACCGACUCGCUCUUGUCAAGGAGGAAAAUGUAUCGACCCUUGCCCUGCGUGCGGAACGAAUGCAAUAUGCUCAGUAAAUAACCAUAUUCCUUCUUGCACAUGUCCACCAAAUACAUCUGGUGAUCCCUUCUCGUUCUGUACUCAAAUAGAAAGACGAGAUGAAACUCCUUGCUCUCCAUCACCUUGUGGACCAUUUAGCGAAUGCACAGUAAGCGCCAACGGCGCCGCUGCGUGUUCUUGUAGAGCAGGUCAUAUAGGUUCACCGCCAUCUUGCAGACCAGAAUGUUUAGUCAGCUCAGAAUGCAAAUUGCAAUUAGCUUGUAUUGAACGGCGCUGCCGUGAUCCAUGUGAGGGUGCUUGCGGCCGCGAUGCUCGCUGUCAAGUUAUAGCACAUUCACCUAUUUGUACCUGUAAUGACGGUUAUACCGGAGAUCCGUUUAUAUACUGUUAUCCAGCUCCAGCACUGCCUCCUGCUCCAGUGGAUGCAUGCCAACCAUCGCCAUGUGGACCAAAUUCGAUAUGCAUCAACUCUGGCGAGACACCCGCAUGUAGUUGCCAACCCGGUUUUAUCGGCGCACCACCAAAUUGUCGCCCAGAAUGUACGAUAAGCGCUGAAUGUCCGGCGGUACUCGCUUGCGUAGCUCAACGAUGCAAAGAUCCAUGUGAACAAGCCUGUGGCUCACGCGCUAUUUGUUCUGUCGUGGAUCAUCGGGCAUCGUGUGCCUGUGAACCGGGUUAUGAGGGUGAUCCUUUCCAGGGCUGUUCUCCGUCUAAAGCUCCCCCGAAGAUUGAAUACUUAAAUCCAUGUGAGCCCUCUCCUUGUGGUGUAAAUGCUGUUUGUAAAGUAGAAGGAAAUGCUGGAUCAUGUACCUGCUUACCCGAUUACUUUGGCGAUCCUUAUCAAGGUUGUAGACCUGAGUGUUUGACUGAUUCCGACUGUCCUUUGGUAUCUUCUUGCAACAGAAAUAAAUGUAUUGACCCAUGCCCUGGUGUAUGUGGAUAUGACGCUGAUUGUUUCGUUACAAAUCACAAACCAUCUUGUACUUGUAAAGCUGGAUAUACAGGAAAUCCAUUAUCAUCAUGUCUUGUCAUAAGAGAUAAUGACGUUUCCGUAAUUAAUGUUUGCAACCCAUCACCCUGUGGUGUAAAUGCAAUAUGUAAAGAGGUGAAUGGUCAACCAGUCUGCUCUUGUGUAUCUAACUUUAUAGGAUCUCCACCAAAUUGUAAGCCAGAGUGUAUGGUUAAUUCAGAAUGCAAACCAAGUAAAGCAUGUAUAAAUCAGAGAUGCGUAAACCCUUGUCCUAAACCUUGUGGUCAAAACACAGAUUGUAAAGUAAUUAACCACAGCCCUGUAUGUUCAUGUAAGCUUGGAUAUUCAGGAGAUCCAUUUACUAGAUGUACUCUAGCUCUAACUACAUCUCCAACUGUGUCGGCACCAUCAGACCCCUGCAUGCAAUCACCAUGUGGUUUAUAUGCCGAAUGCCGCAAUAACAAUGGUUUAGCAGCAUGCUCUUGCCUUUCGUCAUAUGUAGGUUCUCCACCAUUUUGCAAGCCAGAAUGUGUGGUCCAUUCGGACUGUCCCAGCGAUCAAGCAUGUAUAGCAGAGAAGUGCAGAAAUCCAUGUGAAGGUUCUUGCGGAUUAUUUGCACGUUGCUUUGUAAACAACCAUGUACCUGUUUGCCUUUGCCCAGAGGGUUUCACUGGCGACCCAUUUAGGGAGUGCAUUCGUAAACCGAUUGAAGAUACAAGACCUUCAAGUCCUAAUGACCCAUGUAUACCUAACCCUUGUGGGCCAAAUACUGCGUGCAAUCAAGGCGUAUGUAUUUGCAUUGAAGGAUAUCAUGGUGAUCCAAGUAUUGGAUGUAGACCAGAGUGUCUAUAUAAUACGGAUUGUCCAUUUGAUAAGAGUUGCCAGCGCAAAAAGUGUAUAAAUCCAUGUAUUGGAACUUGUGGCAUUAAUGCAAUCUGUGAUGUCAUUAAUCACAUACCUAUGUGUAUCUGCCCUAAAGGAAUGAAUGGCAAUGCAUUUGUGGAGUGUCGUCUUUCCCCUGUUAUGGAUCAAAAUUCAUGCAAUCCGUCACCAUGUGGGCCUAAUAGUCAAUGCCGCCUAUCAAAUGGACAGGCCGUCUGUUCAUGCGUUCCGGGAUAUAGAGGCAGUCCACCAACUUGUCGGCCAGAGUGUAUUGUUAGUUCCGAAUGCCCACUUCAAGAAGCUUGUAACAAUCAGAAAUGCGUAAAUCCAUGUGUAGGUGCAUGUGGUUCAGGGGCUAUAUGUGAGGUUAUUAAUCACAGUCCCAUAUGUACAUGUCCACCAUCUUUCACAGGCAAUCCAUUCAUAAGAUGCAAUGUUCAAGAGAUAAUAAAGCCUCAAGCUAAUCCCUGUGAACCGACUCCAUGCGGACCAAAUUCUAUUUGCAAGAUUACUGGCGAAAACCCGCUGUGUGCUUGUUUGCCAGGAUACCAAGGAUCUCCACCAAAUUGUCGUCCGGAAUGUAUAAGUAACAGUGAAUGUAAUUUCAACUUGGCAUGCCUCAAGCAAAAGUGUUCAGAUCCAUGUAUUGGCACUUGCGGAUCCAAUACCGACUGUAGAGUAGUAAGUCACGCACCUAUGUGCGUAUGCAAAGAAGGAUAUACCGGAGAUCCAUUUUCUUAUUGUAGUCCAAGACCGGUUAUGGAUUCCCUAGAAGUUUUAACACCUUGUAGUCCUAGUCCUUGUGGAUCUAAUGCUGUCUGUAGAGAACAGAAUGGUGUUGGAGCAUGUCAAUGUUUAGAAGGUUAUUCUGGAAAUCCAUAUGAAGGAUGUCGACCGGAAUGUGUAGUGAAUUCAGACUGCCCACUCAACAAAGCCUGCUCAAGGUUAAAAUGCAUUGAUCCAUGCCCUGGAACAUGUGGCUCAAAUGCGUUGUGCCAAGUCAACAACCACAUGCCGAUAUGUAUAUGUCAAGAAGGAUAUACUGGAAAUCCAUUUAGCUAUUGCACUUUAAUGCUAGAACCUCAAAUUUUCGAAAGCAAUCCAUGCAGUCCAUCACCCUGUGGGGCAAAUAGUCAAUGCAAAGAAAUAAACAGCCAAGCAGUAUGCUCUUGUUUGCCAAACUUUGUUGGGGCUCCACCUAACUGCCGGCCUGAAUGUGUUAUCAGUUCUGAAUGUCCAUUGAAUUUGGCAUGUGAAAAUCAAAAAUGUACCAAUCCAUGUAUUGGAACGUGUGGAGAAAAUGCUAACUGUAACGUGAUUAAUCACAGUCCCAUAUGUGUGUGUAAAGCCGGUCUGACUGGUAAUCCAUUCACUAGAUGUUAUCCCAUGAAAGUAUCGGAACCCCCUUCCAAUAUGCCACGAGAUCCGUGCAUUCCUUCACCAUGCGGAUUAUAUGCUGAAUGCCGCAACAUUGGAGAUGCUCCGUCAUGUGCUUGUCAACUAAACUACAUUGGAAAUCCACCAAACUGUAGACCAGAGUGCACGAUCAAUUCUGAAUGCUCUAGUAACCAAGCAUGCAUUAAUGAGAAAUGUAGAGAUCCAUGUCCUGGGGCAUGCGGCCUUAAUGCGCAAUGUACUAUAUUUAACCACAUUGCACAAUGUAGCUGCGUUGAACAGUAUACUGGUGAUCCAUUUACUCGCUGUGUACCGAUGCCAGCAGAAGACGAUUAUACUAUACCUGAUGCAUGUAAUCCAACUCCAUGUGGCGCUAAUGCACAAUGCUAUAAUGGUGUGUGUACCUGCUUACCUGAAUACGAAGGAGAUCCUCAUGUGGGAUGUCGACCGGAAUGUUUAACUAGUACCGAUUGCACGCAUAAUAAAGCAUGCCUGAGAAAUAAAUGCAUUGACCCUUGUAUCGGUACCUGCGGAAGAGAAGCUAUUUGCACUGUCUACAAUCACAUACCGUUAUGCUCAUGCCCAGAAGGUUAUAGUGGAAACGCUUUCUUAGAAUGCAGAAGAAACAAAGUAAUUGAAGUAUUAAACCCGUGCAAUCCAUCGCCAUGUGGCCCAAAUAGCCAAUGUCGUCAGAUUAACGGGCAAGCUAUCUGUUCCUGUAUUAAUGGAUAUAUCGGUGCACCUCCGACGUGUAGACCUGAAUGUGUCUCAAGUGCAGAAUGUGCUCUGAACAAAGCAUGUUCUAAUCAACGUUGUAUCGAUCCUUGUAAUGGUAAUUGUGGCUCGGCGGCACACUGUCAGGUCAUCAACCACAAUCCAAUUUGUUCCUGUCCCGCCGGUUUCACUGGCGAUCCAUUUAACAGAUGCAUUUUGCAAGAAGAUCAAGAGUUGCCAUAUGUGAAUCCGUGUGAACCAUCUCCUUGUGGUCCCAACUCAGAAUGUAAAGAAAUAGGUGGCUCACCAUCAUGUGCUUGCCUUAGCGAAUUUGUUGGUAGACCACCGAAUUGUAAACCAGAGUGCAUAGCAAAUUCUGAAUGUCCCAACAAUUUAGCAUGCAUAAAUAAUAAAUGUAAAGAUCCAUGCCCUGGUUUAUGCGGCACAGGGGCUGAGUGUAUAGUCAUUAGCCACGGGCCGCAAUGUCUAUGUCCUCCAGGUUUCACAGGCGAUGCAUUUAUUCAAUGUACUGUCAUGAAUAUUCCAUUGACACCAUGUUUGCCUUCGCCAUGUGGAUCAAACGCCAUUUGUAAAGAAUCUCGUGGUGCCGGAGCAUGUGUUUGCCUACCAGAAUACAUCGGAAAUCCGUAUGAGGGAUGUAGACCGGAAUGUGUAGUUAAUUCAGAUUGUGCUAGCAAUGAGGCAUGUAUUCAAAAUAAGUGCCAAAACCCUUGUAACAAUGUUUGUGGAAGCAAUGCGAUAUGUAAUGUCAUCAAUCAUGUACCAAGAUGCGAAUGCUUGCCAGGAUUAACAGGAAAUCCAAAUCAAAAUUGUUAUGAACGUAUAUCAGAUACUCCAGUUGUACAAAGACAACCAUGUUUGCCAUCACCUUGCGGCCCAAAUAGUUUAUGUAAGGUUUUAAAUGAUCAAGCAGUAUGUACUUGUCUACCGGAAUAUAUAGGAACGCCGCCAUCAUGUAGACCCGAAUGUCUUGUAAGCUCCGAAUGUAAUCAAAAACAAGCUUGCUUGCGCCAAAAGUGUAAAAAUCCUUGUGAAGGUGUAUGUGGACAAAAUACUGAAUGUAAAGUUGUGAAUCAUAGUCCAAUUUGUACUUGCCGAUUGAGGUAUACCGGUGAUCCCUUCAGCCGUUGUUAUGAAAAACCAGUCGCGGAUAUUAUUACAACGAACCCAUGCUUGCCGUCGCCUUGUGGUCCAUUUUCACAGUGUCGUGAUAUCAACGGUUCUCCAUCUUGUUCGUGUUUAACACAAUAUACUGGUAGUCCACCAAACUGUCGGCCUGAAUGCACUUUGAAUACUGAUUGUCCCAGCAAUAAGGCUUGUAUCAAUGAGCGAUGUGCAGACCCUUGUCCCGGAUCAUGUGGAAUAAAUGCAGAGUGUAGAGUGCAAAAUCAUGUUUCAAUAUGUACAUGUUUAAAUGAUUACAUUGGUGAUCCAUUCACUAGAUGUUCUUUCAAACCUCAGAUGGAUCCGGAGCCGCCGAAUCCAUGUAAUCCCUCGCCUUGUGGAUCAAAUGCAGUUUGUAAUGAUGGCAUAUGCACAUGUAUACCUGAAUAUCAAGGUGAUCCUUACUUUGGAUGUCGACCUGAAUGUACAAUGAGUUCAGAGUGCCCAAUAGAUGAAGCAUGUGUAAGGAACCGUUGCAUUGAUCCAUGUUUGAGUGGUACCUGCGGCACAAAUGCUCUAUGUCAAGUAGUUAAUCAUAUGGCCAUCUGUAUAUGUCCAGUUAAAACUACAGGCAAUGCUUUCAUUCGGUGUGAUCCUAUCAAAGAUACCGUACCACUAAACCCUUGUCAACCGAGCCCCUGUGGGCCUAAUAGUCAAUGUAGAGAAAUUAAUGGUCAAGCUGUGUGUUCAUGUGUGAGUGGUUACCGAGGUGCACCACCAUCGUGCCGCCCAGAAUGUGUAGCGAGUUCAGAUUGCCCACUUAAUAGAGCAUGUAGCAAUCAAAAGUGUAUUGAUCCGUGUCAAGGAGCCUGUGGUGUACAUGCAACAUGUCAAGUUAUUAAUCACAACCCUCUUUGCUCUUGUCCACCAGAACUUACUGGAGACCCAUUUACACGAUGUUUUCCUUUGCCUAAAAUACCACAACAACCUAUAAAUCCAUGUCAACCAUCUCCCUGUGGACCAAAUUCUAUAUGUCAGCCUACUGGAGGAGAGAUCCCAUCUUGUCAAUGUUUGCCCGACUUCAUCGGGUCACCUCCGAGCUGUCGCCCAGAAUGUGUAGCUAACAGUGAAUGUGCACCUACAAGGGCUUGCAUUAACAAAAGGUGUCAAAAUCCUUGCGAACAGGCAUGUGGAACAAAUGCUGAGUGUCGUGUAGUGAGUCAUGUGCCAAUGUGUAUAUGUCCCGAAGGUUUUACUGGAGAUGCCGCUGUACAAUGCAUUAUGAGUUUCUUAGUGCCUCAAGAGAUACUUUCCCCGUGUUCGCCAUCGCCUUGUGGCGCUAAUGCUGAAUGUCGAGAACGCGCUGGCGCCGGCUCUUGUUCUUGUGUGGUUGGUUUCUUCGGCAAUCCGUACGAAGGCUGCCGUCCAGAAUGUUUGGUAAAUUCGGAUUGUGCAAGUGACAAAGCGUGCACUAGAAACAAAUGUAUUAAUCCUUGUCCAGGCACUUGCGCUGCAUUCGCUGACUGCACAGUCGUAAAUCAUUCACCCUUGUGUACAUGCCAACAAUACUAUACAGGGGACCCGUAUAGAUUUUGCACAAAAUUAAAUUAUGAAGAUGAAAAUGUUACACCAUGUCAACCUUCUCCAUGUGGUCCGAAUAGUCAGUGCCGAGUAUCUAAUGGUCAAAGUGUAUGCUCAUGUGCUCCUGAAUACAAUGGAUCUCCACCUAACUGUCGACCAGAGUGCGUCGUCAGCACAGAGUGUCCCAUGGAUAAAACAUGCAAAAACCAGAAAUGUGUAUCUCCGUGCCCUGGACCGUGUGGCAUUAAUGCCGAUUGUAGAGUUAUAAAUCACAGUCCAAUUUGUACAUGUCAAAACAGAUAUACGGGAGAUCCAUUUUCCAGAUGCAGUUUAAUUACAACUUCAAUUAUGAAUACACUAGAAGAAAGAGAUCCCUGUAUUCCAUCUCCCUGUGGGGCUAAUUCUCAAUGUAAAAACCUCCAAGGCAUUCCGUCGUGCUCCUGCCUUCCUAAUUUUGAAGGGAGCCCUCCAAACUGCAGACCAGAAUGUACUAUAAAUGAAGACUGUGCCAGUAACCUCGCAUGUAUAAAUCAAAAAUGUAAAGAUCCGUGCCCCGGUUCUUGCGGCAUUAAUGCGAACUGUCAAGUAAUAACACACAUCUCAGUAUGCACAUGCUUUGACGGUUAUACGGGCAAUGCAUUUACGCAAUGCACCUACCUAUUACCACAAAAAGAACAAGAUGAUCCAUGUGUGGGAUCACCAUGUGGACCAAAUGCGGAAUGUUUGUAUGGCCAAUGUAGUUGCAUAGCAGAAUUUCAGGGUGAUCCAUACACUGGAUGUCGGCCAGAGUGUGUACAAAGUGUUGAGUGCGCCCGAGAUAAAGCUUGCAUAAGAAACAAAUGCCAAGAUCCUUGCCCUGGCAUGUGUGCUUCAAACGCUCUUUGUACAGUAGUUAAUCAUGUUCCUAUGUGUAGCUGUCCAGAACGAAUGACAGGAAAUGCAUUUAUAGAAUGUAGACCAGUUUUAGAAUCUGUUCCUGUGAAUCCUUGCCAACCGUCUCCAUGCGGUCCGAACAGUCAGUGUAGAGAAGUAAAUGGUCAAGCCGCUUGUUCUUGCGCUCCAAAUAAUAUUGGUAGCCCUCCAACUUGCCGACCUGAAUGUACAAUAAGUGCAGAGUGUCCCCUGAAUCAAGCUUGUAGCAACCAACGAUGUAUAAAUCCAUGCAUAGGAUCGUGUGGCAUAAACGCUGAAUGCAAAGUAGUAAACCAUAAUCCAAUUUGUACAUGCCCUGCAACAUAUUCUGGCGAUCCUUUUGCACGAUGCUUUAAAUUGCCUGAAAGAUUGCCGGAACCAUUAAGACCUUGUGUACCAUCGCCUUGCGGGCCAAAUUCAUUAUGUAGAGUAACAAUUGAAACACCUACAUGCACUUGUUUAGAAGGUUAUCAUGGUCAACCUCCUAAUUGCAGACCGGAAUGCAAUAAUAACGAAGAAUGCUCUGUGCAUCUAUCCUGUAUCAAUAUGAAAUGUAAAAAUCCAUGUGAAGGUGUAUGUGCUCCAAACGCAGAAUGCAGAGUCGUAAGCCAUUCACCAAUUUGCUUAUGUCCGAUCGGGUUUACCGGAGAUCCGUUCUUUAGUUGCACUCCAGAACGUAUAUAUUCAGAACAAAUUAUAACUCCAUGCUCUCCAUCUCCAUGUGGAGCAAAUGCUAUAUGUAAAGAGAAAAAGAAUGCUGGAUCUUGCGCGUGUGUGGAAGGUUUUAUUGGGAAUCCAUACGAAGGAUGUAGACCAGAAUGCGUUAUUAAUACCGAUUGUGCAUCUAAUAUGGCAUGUAUUAAUAACAAAUGUGCAGAUCCGUGUCCUGGUAGUUGCGGUACAAAUGCUAUAUGCCAAGUCGUAAAUCAUCUUCCACUUUGUACAUGUAUAAACAGCUAUACCGGAGAUCCGUUCAGAUAUUGCGUUUACCAAGAAACACCACCACUGGCGGUACCUGUUGACGUGUGUUACCCAUCACCUUGUGGGCCUAACAGUCAGUGUAAAUCUGUUAACGAUCAAGCUGUGUGUUCUUGCUUAUCAGAUUAUGUAGGAACACCUCCAAAUUGCCGUCCAGAAUGUACAGUGAGCUCUGAAUGUCAGCAUGAUAAAGCUUGUAUAAAAAGCAAAUGUGUCGAUCCUUGUCCGAAACCAUGUGGUGUAAAUACCAAUUGUAAAGUUAUUAAUCAUAGCCCAAUAUGUUCUUGCAAAACAUCAUAUACUGGAGAUCCAUUCACAAUUUGUACAUUUUCACCAGUCGAAACACCACCAGAUUUAAAAAAUCCAUGCAUUCCUUCUCCAUGUGGACCUAAUGCUGAAUGUCGAGAAAUAGGCAAUACUCCAUCCUGUUCGUGUUUGCAAAAUUUUAUAGGAAGCCCGCCAAAUUGCAGACCAGAAUGUGCUAUACAUUCAGAUUGCCCAAGUAAUCGCGCUUGUAUCAACUCGAAAUGUCAGGAUCCAUGUCCAGGUUCAUGUGGAAUUUCUACAAACUGUAAUAUUCUCAAUCAUAUACCAAUCUGUUCUUGCAUAGAUGGAUAUGUCGGUGAUCCAUUUAUCGGAUGUAGAAUGAAACCGCUCGAAGUCGAGCCUGCUCUGGCAGAUGCCUGUACAAAUAUUCGAUGCGGUCCAAAUGCAGAAUGUAUAAAUGGCCAAUGCCAAUGUCUCCCAGAAUACCAAGGAGACCCGUAUUUUAACUGCCAUCCUGAAUGUGUAUUUAGUACGGACUGUGAUCAAAACAAGGCCUGCCUACAAAGAAAAUGUGUCGAUCCAUGUAUAGGAGCUUGCGGACAAAAUGCUAUUUGUCAAGUAUUUAAUCACAUUCCAAUGUGUAGUUGCCAAUCAGGUUUUACAGGAAACGCAUUUAUAAUAUGUAACCAUAUAUUAGCUUUGCCCGCGAUUAAUCCAUGUAAUACAGCAGUUUGUGGGCCAAAUAGUCAAUGUCGUGAACGUAACAAUCAGGCCGUCUGUUCGUGUCUUCCAAGCUUUUUGGGAAUUCCACCGGCAUGUAGACCAGAAUGUGUCUUAAGCGCAGAAUGUCCUCAAGACCAAGCUUGUAUGAACCAAAAAUGCGUGAAUCCAUGUAUUGGAGCUUGUGGAAUAAGAGCUACAUGUAAAGUAGUCAAUCAUAAUCCUAUUUGCACAUGUCCACCGACUUUCUCUGGAAACCCUUUCAUGGAGUGUAAAUUAGUUUCAAGCUCACUACCAAUUUCUGUGAAUCCCUGUCAACCAUCACCUUGUGGACCCAAUUCAAUUUGUCGAGAUAUCAACGGAACACCUUCAUGUUCUUGCAUGCCAGAAUAUAAAGGUCAACCCCCUUAUUGCAAACCUGAGUGUAUAAGUAAUAGUGAAUGCUCCCCACAUCUUGCCUGUAUUAAUCAAAAAUGUCAAGAUCCUUGCGCUGGCGCAUGCGCAGCGAAUGCAGAUUGUCGCGUCGUCAGUCAUUCUGCAAUGUGUACAUGUUUAUUAGGAUAUACAGGAGAUCCAUUUACACAAUGUUCACUACGGCCUCAAAUAGAAGUGUUGACACCAUGCUCACCCUCUCCAUGCGGAGCAAAUGCCAUUUGUAGAGAACAAAAUAAAGUAGGAUCUUGUAUUUGCAUUGAAGGAUAUUACGGAAAUCCUAAUGAAGGAUGUCGUCCGGAGUGUAUCAGUAACUCGGACUGUCCAGGAAACAGGGCAUGUAUCGGUAAUAAAUGUCAAGAUCCGUGUCCAGGUACUUGUGGAAUAAAUGCUGAAUGUGCUACAGUAAAUCAUGCACCACUUUGUAAUUGUAUAUCUGGAUUCAUUGGUGAUGCAUUCCGAAGAUGUAAUCCUUUACCACUCCAAGAUGUUGCUCCUAUUAAUGUGUGCAAUCCAAACCCAUGCGGCCCCAAUAGCCAAUGCAAAAAUGUCAAUAACCAAGCCGUAUGUACAUGCUUGCCCAACUACAUAGGCCAACCGCCUUCAUGUAAGCCAGAAUGUAUACUUAAUUCAGAUUGCGCGUCUGAUAAGGCUUGCAUUAAUCAAAAAUGUGUUAAUCCCUGUCCAAAACCAUGUGGCCAAAAGUCUGAAUGCAGAGUAUAUAAUCACAAUCCAAUAUGUAGCUGUAGAGCUGGCUUCACAGGAGAUCCAUUCUCAAGAUGUUAUCCAAAACCAGAACCACAACCAGUUUUAAAUGAAGAUCGAGAUCCAUGUGUGCCAUCACCAUGUGGACCUAAUGCGAUGUGUCGCAAUAUCGGUGACCAACCAUCUUGUCUGUGCUCUCCUGGCUACUUUGGUAGCCCACCGAACUGUCGACCCGAAUGUGUAGCAAAUCAAGAUUGCAUCAGUUCCUUAGCAUGUAUAAGGCAGAAAUGCACAGAUCCCUGUCCAGGAUCAUGUGGAUUAAACGCCCGAUGUGCAGUCAUCAAUCAUGUAUCAAUAUGUACUUGUCCGGAAGGAUAUAGCGGAGAUCCAUUUACAUCGUGUACUUUUAAUCCAAAGCCAGAUGUCAUUCAAGCAGAUGCAUGUAAUCCAUCUCCAUGUGGAUCGAAUACAGAAUGCUACAAUGGAGAGUGCAGAUGUUUACCAGAAUAUCAGGGUGAUCCGUAUCUUGGUUGCCGACCUGAAUGUACUGUAAGCACAGAUUGUCAAAAAUCCCAGAUCUGUGUAAGGAAAAAGUGUGUUAAUCCAUGUCCAGACACCUGUGGUAGUGGUGCAAUGUGCGAAGUCAUCAAUCAUAUUCCAAUGUGUAGUUGUCCCGCGGGUUACACUGGUAACGCAUUCGUUAUAUGCAACAUUAUAUCAGCUCCUUUGCCUGCAAAUCCGUGUAACCCAAGCCCCUGUGGACCGAACAGCCAAUGUCGUGAAAUAAAUAAUGUCCCAGUCUGUUCAUGUAUACCCGGAUAUAUUGGAAACCCACCAACGUGUCGACCAGAAUGUACUACAAGCUCCGAAUGUCCACUUAACAAUGCAUGCAGUAAUUACAAAUGCAUCAACCCUUGCAAUGGAGCUUGUGGUUUAGAAGCACUUUGUGAAGUAGUGAAUCAUAAUCCUAUUUGUUCUUGUCCAAUUAGUUUUACUGGAGAUCCAUUUAGACGCUGUAUUCUAAAACCCUUGGAAGCACCUCCACAACUGAAUCCAUGUACACCAUCACCUUGUGGUCCCAAUUCUAUAUGUAAAACAAUAAAUGAUUCUCCAUCGUGCUCUUGCAUGCCCGAGUUCAUUGGAGCUCCGCCAAACUGCCGCCCAGAAUGUUCCAGUAACAGUGAAUGUCCGAAUCAUUUAGCUUGUAUAAAUAACAAAUGUGCAGAUCCAUGUAAUGGAGCUUGUGGUUCAAUGGCACACUGUCGAGUUGUAAGUCAUACUCCAAACUGUGUCUGUCCUUCAGGCUAUAUUGGAGAUCCAUUUACAUAUUGUAGUCAAGAACAACAAAGUCUGCCAUCAGAAAGACCCACUCCUUGCACUCCGUCACCUUGCGGAAGCAAUGCAGUUUGUAAUGAAAGGAACAAUGCUGGGGCCUGUAUUUGUUAUCCUGGAUAUUUUGGAAAUCCUUACGAAGGAUGUAGACCUGAGUGCAGUGUUAACUCUGACUGUCCUUCUAAUAAAGUUUGUCAACAGAAUAAAUGUCAUGAUCCUUGCCCCGGUACUUGUGGUAUUAAUGCUCAUUGUCAAACUGUAAAUCAUGCACCAAUCUGUAGCUGUUUACCUGGAUACACUGGCAAUCCCUUCCAGCUAUGCAGUAUUAUAUUAGUUUCAGAACAACCUGCAUAUUCUGAUCCUUGUUCACCAUCCCCAUGUGGACCAAACAGUGCCUGCAAAGUAUUAAAUGAACAAGCAGUAUGUAGUUGCUCACCAGAAUAUAGUGGUUCACCGCCAAACUGUAGACCAGAAUGUGUUAUAAGUGCAGAGUGUCCUUUUAACAAGGCAUGUGUAUCUCAAAAAUGUGUUGAUCCGUGUGUUGUACAGUGUGGGAAGAACGCAAAAUGUCAUGUUAUCAAUCACAGUCCAAUAUGCUCGUGUAUAGAAAGAUUCACUGGUGAUCCAUUUACCAGAUGCUACCCUAUAAUUCUGACAAGUCCGGAAAUACCAAAGGAUCCCUGUUUACCAUCACCCUGUGGACCAUUCAGUUAUUGCCGAGAUAUUGGUGGAAUGCCCUCAUGCUCUUGCCAAUUAAAUUACAUCGGUGCACCACCUAGAUGUCGUCCUGAAUGUACAAUUAAUUCAGAUUGUCCCAGUAAUCUAGCGUGUAUUAAUCAACGGUGUCGAGACCCUUGUCCAGGCUCAUGUGGCAUAAAUGCUCAGUGUACGGUGAAUAAAAAUACACCUAUAUGUACAUGUAUAGAAAACUAUAUUGGUGACGCUUUCACUGAAUGUAAACUACCAGACGUACAAGAAGAUGAAGUUGAUCCUUGCAAUCCUUCACCAUGUGGACCUAAUGCUCAAUGUACCAACGGCGCAUGUUCAUGUCUCCCUGAGUAUCUAGGCAACCCAUACGUUGAAUGCCGUCCAGAAUGCGUGCUUAAUACAGAUUGCGCUCCAAAUAAGGCAUGCCAAAGAAAUAAAUGUACAAAUCCAUGCAAUAAUGGUGUAUGUGCCAGUAAUGCAAUAUGUGAAGUAAUAAAUCAUAUUCCAAUGUGCAGAUGCCCUGAGUUAAUGACUGGAAAUGCAUUUGUUCAGUGUUCAUCAGUAGAAGUUAUUAAACCACAACCAUGUCAGCCCACUCCUUGUGGACCAAAUAGCCAAUGUCGUGACAUUAAUGGACAAGCAGUAUGUUCGUGUUUACCUGAUUUUAUUGGAAGUCCGCCAUCUUGUAGACCAGAAUGCUUGGUUAGCUCUGAUUGCUCUCCAAGUGAAGCCUGCAGCAAUAGAAAAUGUGUCAAUCCAUGCCAAGGCGCAUGCGGUAUUCAUUCUAAGUGCCAAGUUAUUAAUCACAAUCCUAUAUGUUCAUGUCCACUUUCAUACACUGGCAAUCCUUUCGUCAGAUGUGUUAUUCAAUUGGAUGAAACUGAACCCGUUAGCCCAUGUGUACCUUCUCCAUGUGGGCCAAAUUCAAUUUGUAAAGAAAGUUUGGGAGCCCCUUCAUGUUCCUGUGCAAGUGGAUUCAUGGGCUCGCCACCUUAUUGUAAACCAGAAUGUAUUAGUAAUUCCGAAUGUCCCUUACAAAUGGCUUGUAUAAAUACAAAAUGUGCGGAUCCUUGCAUAAGAUCAUGUGGACUAAAUACAGAAUGCCACGUGAUUAGUCACUCCCCAUCGUGUUCUUGUAUGUCUGGCUACACAGGAAAUCCUUUCUUUGAAUGUACUAAAUUAGAACCAGCACCUCAAGAAAGUGCUACACCAUGCCAACCAUCCCCAUGUGCAGCUAAUGCAAUCUGUAAAGAAUUCAAUGGCGCUGGUUCUUGUACUUGUUUACCCGAUUAUUAUGGUAAUCCAUAUGAAGGUUGUCGACCAGAAUGCGUUGUAAACACAGAUUGUGCAUCGAAUCAGGCUUGCGUUCAAUUCAAAUGUCAAGAUCCAUGUCCAGGUGCCUGUGCUCCAAAUGCUUUAUGUCAAGCAAUAAAUCAUAUUCCAAUGUGCUCUUGUGACCGCGGCUAUACUGGCGAUCCCUCUCGAUAUUGCAUACCGGAAAGGAUAUCUGAUACACCAAACAAUGUUUGUCAGCCAUCUCCUUGUGGUCCUAAUAGUCGCUGUAAAGAAGUGAAUAAACAAUCUGUAUGCUCUUGUUUACCAAAUUACAUCGGUUCUCCUCCUGGAUGCCACCCAGAAUGUACCAUAAGUACAGAAUGCUCUAAAGAAUUAGCAUGCAUUAAUCAAAAGUGUGAAAAUCCAUGUUUAAAUGCUUGUGGUGCAAAUGCAGAAUGCAGAGUAAUAAACCAUAGUCCAAUUUGCACGUGCAAAUCACAAUAUACUGGUGAUCCAUUCUCUAGAUGCAAUCCUAUACAACCGCCUAUAUCAAACUCUGUUAUGGAACCGUAUAAAAAUCCAUGUUUGCCAUCACCAUGUGGGCCAAAUUCAAUUUGCCAAGAGAUUGGAAAUGUGCCAUCAUGUGCAUGCAUGUCAAAUUACAUCGGUAGCCCGCCUAACUGCAGACCAGAAUGUUCUAUAAACGCAGAAUGUUCAACUACAAAAGCCUGUAUUCAACAAAAAUGCCGUGAUCCAUGUCCAGGUUCAUGUGGAAUAAGUUCUAUUUGCACAGUAUCACGUCAUACUCCUAUUUGCACUUGCCCAGAUGGUUACUCAGGCGAUGCAUUUACUCUUUGCUCGCCCAAACUUCCAGAAGCCGACGUCAUUGUAGACAGUUGCAAUCUAUCUCCUUGUGGACCCAACGCUAUGUGUAGAGAAGGAGUUUGUUCAUGCAUAGCAGAAUAUCAUGGCGACCCUUACAUAGGCUGCAGACCAGAAUGUGUACUAAAUUCUGACUGUUCUAGAGAGAAAGCAUGUGUCAUGAAUAAGUGCAUAGAUCCAUGCAUAGGUACUUGUGCUGCUAAUGCUAUAUGUGAUGUGAUAAACCACGUUCCUAUGUGCAGUUGCCCACAAGGAAUGACUGGAAGUGCAUUCUACGGAUGUGAGCCAAUUAGAGUACCAACGAUAGUUAACCCAUGCUUACCAUCUCCAUGCGGACCCAACAGUCAAUGUCGAGAAAUAAAUGGACAAGCCGUAUGCUCUUGCGUAUUAGGCUAUUUGGGAAGCCCACCUUCAUGUAGACCAGAGUGCAUUGUAAGCUCGGAUUGUCCACCAAAUAAGGCUUGCAGCAAUCAAAAAUGUAUAGACCCGUGUAAAGGCUCGUGUGGAGUAGAUGCAAUUUGCAAUGUUGUUAAACAUAAUCCGAUAUGCACGUGUCCACAAAAAUACUCUGGUGAUCCAUUUACUAGAUGUAUUCCAUAUACUCCUCAAUCAGCUGAUGUGAAGCCAUGUACACCAUCGCCAUGUGGACCUUAUUCGAUUUGCAAAGAAGUUGGAGAUGCUCCGUCUUGUACUUGCAUGCCAAACUAUUUUGGCUCACCACCAUAUUGCAAACCAGAAUGUACAAGUAACAGUGAUUGUCCAACAAAUAAAGCAUGUGUAAAUCAAAGAUGUAAAGACCCGUGUAUCGGUGCAUGUGGACAGAAUUCUCAGUGUAGAACUAUUUCACAUUCUCCAAUGUGUUUCUGCGAUAAUGGAUUCACCGGUGAUCCAUUCUCUAACUGUUAUCAGCAAGACGUUAUACCAGAAAAAACAUCUCCUUGUGAACCUUCACCGUGUGGUUUUAACGCCGUAUGUAAAGAGUUUAAUUCUGCUGGAUCUUGUUCGUGUCUACCAGAAUAUAUUGGAAAUCCAUACGAAGGUUGUCGGCCAGAAUGCACAGUAAAUACCGACUGUACUCCUAACAAAGCAUGCAUUCGUAAUAAAUGCCAAGAUCCAUGCCCCGGUACAUGUGGCCCUAUGGCAACUUGCGUGGUUGUUAACCAUUUGCCAACAUGUAGUUGUCCACCUGGAUAUUCAGGGGAUCCGUACAGUAGAUGUAAUAUUUAUAAUGAACCACCACAACCAGCUUCACCGUGCUUACCAAACCCCUGCGGACCAAAUAGUAUUUGCCAUCCAGUUAACGGUCAAAGUGCAUGCUCAUGUAUGCCCAAUUAUGUUGGAUCACCUCCAGGAUGCAGGCCAGAAUGUGUCGUCAGUUCUGAAUGUUCUGUUAACGAAGCUUGCAUUAACCAAAAAUGUGUUAAUCCUUGUCCUGGACGCUGUGGUUUCAACGCCGAAUGUAGAGUAAUAAAUCAUAGUCCUAUAUGCUCUUGCAGUUCUGGUUUCACAGGAGAAGCUUUCACUAGAUGUUUACCACAGCAAACGCCAGUCCAGCCAUCGGUAAACGCCAACCCUUGUAUACCAAAUCCAUGCGGUGAUAAUGCUAUAUGUCGUGACAUCAACGGUUCUCCUUCUUGCGCCUGUAUGCAUGACUAUCAAGGGCUUCCACCAAAUUGUCGACCCGAAUGUGCAAUCAAUCAGGACUGUCCGUCCGACAAAGCUUGCAUAAACAUGAGAUGUCGCGAUCCUUGCCCAGGAAGCUGUGGAUCUAAUGCCGUUUGCACUACUUUCACUCACGUUCCAGCGUGCACGUGUACCCAAGGAUUUACUGGUGAUCCAUUCACUUACUGCACUCAAAUGUUACCAAAAGAUGAAAUACCAGAGGAUCAGUGUAAUCCAUCUCCGUGUGGUUUCAAUGCAAAUUGUAGAGAUGGCGUCUGUACUUGUAUUAGUGAAUACUUUGGAGAUCCAUACACAGGUUGCAGACCAGAAUGCGUAACAAAUAUGGACUGUUCUACCGAUAAAGUUUGCUCUAAAAACAAAUGCAUAAAUCCUUGCCCUGGAGCAUGUGCUCUCACUGCACAAUGCAGUGUUUAUAAUCAUAUUCCAAUGUGUACUUGCCCAGAGGGUACAUCUGGAAAUGCAUUUAUUGAAUGCAGUAGGUUUGAAGUACAAACUGUAGAACCCUGCACUCCAAGCCCAUGUGGACCAAAUAGUCAAUGCCGUACAAUAAAUAACCAAGCAGUGUGCUCUUGUUUACCAAUGUACAUCGGAAGCCCACCUUCGUGUCGACCUGAGUGUACGAUUAGUGCUGAAUGUCCUCUGAACGAAGCGUGCAAUAAUCACAAGUGCAUAAAUCCUUGUAUUGGUUCAUGUGGUUUAGGAACGAAAUGUGUAGUGGUGAACCAUAAUCCGAUAUGUUCAUGCCCAAAUCAAUAUACUGGUGAUCCGUUUACACGAUGCACUCCGAUAGUGAAUUAUCCCUCCGUGGCUUCAAGCGACCCCUGCACACCUUCUCCCUGUGGUCUGUACUCGGUGUGCAGAGUAAUCGGCGAAUCACCAUCAUGCACCUGUCAGGACGAUUACAUUGGUUCACCACCAAAUUGCCGCCCCGAAUGUAUUAGUAAUUCCGAAUGUUCGAGUAAUCUCGCAUGUAUUAAUCAGAAAUGUAAAGAUCCAUGUCCCGGAAGCUGUGGCUAUAAUGCUGAUUGUAAAGUUAUCAGCCACGCUUUAAUAUGUUCCUGUCCGUUGGGCCAAACUGGAAAUCCGCUUGUUUAUUGUACUCCACUAAAAGAUACUAUAAUAGAAUACAGUUCGCCAUGUGAACCUUCACCAUGUGGUAUAAACGCGGAGUGUACAGAAAGAAACGGCGCUGGAUCUUGUAAAUGCACAGAAUCUUUCUUUGGCAAUCCGUACGAAGGUUGUCGUCCCGAAUGCGUAAUAAAUAGUGACUGUCCUCCCAUGUUGUCCUGUAUUCAGAACAAAUGCAUGGAUCCAUGCCCAGGCUUAUGCGCUCCAAAUGGAAUAUGUCAAGUUGUUAAUCACUUACCAUCAUGUUAUUGCCCUCCGGGAUCAACUGGAAAUGCUUAUUCAUUUUGCGUAGAGAGAGUUGAAGACACUAUUAAGCCAUCACCUUGCACUCCAUCACCAUGUGGACCUAACAGUCAAUGCCGAGAAGUUAAUGGUCAAGCAGUGUGUAGCUGUCAAACAUUAUUUUUGGGAGUACCACCAAACUGCCGACCGGAAUGUAUCAUCAAUAGCGAAUGUCAAAAUGAUAAAGCUUGCAUCAAUAGGAAAUGUGUUGAUCCUUGUACAAAUCAAUGUGCUAGAAACGCAAACUGCCGAGUUAUAGCUCAUAAUCCGAUUUGCUCGUGUCACGAUCGAUUUACUGGCGAUCCAUUCACCAAUUGCGUCCCAAUGCCUGUAUCAAUUCCAUCUCCACCAACGCCCAUCAACCCUUGCGUACCAUCGCCAUGUGGACCAAAUUCACAAUGCCAAGAAUAUGGUGGAACUGUUAGAUGUACAUGUCUCCCGAACUAUAUAGAUACACCACCACGAUGCAGACCAGAGUGUACCAUAAAUUCCGAGUGCAUGGCUGUACAGGCAUGCAUAAACAAUAAAUGCGCUGAUCCUUGUCCUGGAGCUUGUGGAAAUAAUGCUGAAUGUAACGUCAAUAACCACCUACCCAUAUGUUCUUGCUUGCCGGGAUAUACAGGAGAUCCGUUCAGUUUUUGCAAUAUUAUGCAUGAUGAACCACCAAAUCCAUGUUUACCAUCACCUUGUGGCCCUAACGCUAUUUGUCUCGAUGGAAUUUGUUCCUGCCUGGACGAGUAUCAUGGCGAUCCAUACCAAGGUUGCAAACCAGAAUGUGUCUUGAACUCCGACUGCACGAGAGAAAAAGCCUGUUUGAAGAACAAAUGUGUUGACCCUUGCAUUGGCACGUGUGGAAGUGGUGCUAUUUGCGAAACCAUCAAUCACAUUCCUAUGUGUUCUUGUCCGUUGGGCACUACAGGAUCUCCGUUUUUAUACUGCACGAAAUUAAUGGAAACUCCAAUACCAGUUAAUCUAUGUGAACCUUCACCUUGUGGACCUUACUCUCAAUGUAGAGAAGUGAAUGGACACGCAGUUUGUGUUUGUGUUCAAAGCUAUAUAGGCAGUCCUCCCAAUUGUAGACCAGAAUGUGCAGUGAGCACUGACUGUAACUUGAACCAAGCUUGUUCCAAUCAAAAAUGCAUAGAUCCUUGUCCUGGGGCUUGCGGCCGUAACACGCAAUGCAUAGUAGUCAAUCACAACCCAGUUUGUACUUGUUUAUCCGGUUAUGCAGGAGAUCCAUUUUCAAGCUGCCAAUUUAUUUCUGCUGCGCCUCCUGAAAGAGUGAACCCCUGCUUACCGUCACCGUGUGGACCUAAUGCACAAUGCAUAGAAAAUGGAGACAAUGCAAAUUGUCAAUGUUUAACAGAAUUUGUAGGCGCGCCACCAAACUGCAGACCUGAAUGUACAAGUAAUACUGAAUGUUCUCCAAUAACUGCAUGUAUCAAUAGAAAAUGCCGAGAUCCUUGUCCUGGCUCAUGUGGGUUGAACGCAGAAUGUCGAGUAAUAAGCCAUACGCCUAUCUGUUUGUGCCAAAAUGGAUACAGUGGAGAUCCAUUCAUUUCAUGUAAUAUUAUAAUUAUAGAAAAUGCUAUACAAGAACGUCCUACACCAUGUGUCCCCUCCCCUUGUGGCGCUAAUGCAGAAUGUAAAGAACAGAAUAACGCUGGCUCUUGUACAUGUCUACCAGGAUAUUUUGGGAAUCCUUAUGAAUCUUGUAAACCGGAAUGUAUAUUGAGCUCAGAUUGUUUAUCAAAUCUUGCUUGUAUUCAGAAUAAAUGUCAAAAUCCCUGCCCUGGUACUUGCGGCUUGAAUGCAAUAUGUAACGUUAUCAACCACAUCCCAACUUGUUCAUGCCCCGAACAAUACCAGGGUGACCCAUACAAGUUAUGUAUGUUCAAUCCUUCAACUGAAAUGUCAGAUCCGUGCAAUCCGUCACCAUGUGGACCCUACAGCAACUGCAAAGCACAAAAUGGACUAGCUAUAUGUACAUGCUCAGUCGGUUAUCAAGGAGCACCACCUAUGUGCCGACCCGAAUGUAUAACAAGUUCGGAAUGUCCUUUAGACAAAGCUUGUGAUAACCAGAAAUGUGUAUCAUUAUGUCCCAAAUCAUGCGGUAUAAAUACCGAUUGUAGAAUGAUAAAACAUAAUCCUAUUUGUAUAUGCAAACAAGGUUACACAGGCGAUCCAUUUUCAAUGUGCUAUAUUAUCCCUGAGCCAAAUAAACAAGAAAUAGAGCCUAUUAAUCCUUGUAUUCCGUCUCCCUGUGGGCUAAAUGCGGAAUGUAGAAACAUCGGGGGAAUUCCUUCUUGUUCCUGCAUAAUUGGAUUCUUUGGCAGCCCUCCUAACUGUAAACCAGAAUGUGUAGUUAAUACAGAGUGCAGUAAUGAUAGAGCCUGCAUAAAUAUGAAAUGUCAAGAUCCUUGUUUGGGCUCAUGUGGAUUGAACGCUAUGUGUAACGUCAUUAAACACAUACCAAUUUGUACAUGUCCAAGCGGGUAUCAAGGAGAUCCAUUUUCAAUUUGUAAUCUGAAGCCCCCAGAAUCACCUCAAAAUGUUGAUCCUUGUCAAACAUCGCCAUGUGGAGCUAAUGCCCAAUGUGAUAACGGCAUCUGCACUUGUUUAGCUGAGUACCAAGGAGAUCCAUACUUUGAAUGUCGACCUGAAUGUGUAUUGAGCUCAGAUUGUCCUUCUGAUAAAGCGUGUUUGCGGUGGAAAUGUAUCAAUCCAUGCCGUAACCUGUGCGGUGUAAAUGCAGAAUGUAACGUUUAUAACCACGUUGGUAUUUGUAGCUGUCCAAGCGGAAUGACGGGAAAUGCAUUUGUUCAGUGUUCUAUUAUUGAAAAACCUUCAGUUAGACCCUGUGAACCUUCUCCUUGCGGUGCAAAUAGUAUAUGUCGAGAAGCUAAUGGCCAAGCUGUAUGUGCCUGCGUAACUGGCUUUAUUGGUAAUCCGCCAAACUGUCGACCUGAGUGUGUUCAGAGUACGGACUGUUCGCCAUCACAAGCUUGCAUUAAUCGCAAAUGUCAAGAUCCUUGCCCUGGUUCAUGUGGUCAUAACGCCAUAUGUAACGUCAACAAUCACAAUCCUAUAUGCAGCUGCCCUGAUAGAUUUACUGGAUCUCCAUUCAGCCACUGCUAUGUUAUUGCACCUAUGGACAUUCCAAACGAUCCAUGCAUUCCAUCUCCUUGUGGGCCAAAUAGCUUAUGCACCGUGACAUCUAACGGAAAUUCUCACGUUUGUACUUGCCAACCAAGCUUUGAGGGAACACCACCACAGUGCCGAAGAGAAUGCGCUGUAAACGACGAGUGUUCUUCAAAUAAAGCUUGCAUUAACUAUAAGUGCAAAGAUCCUUGUCCAGGUUCUUGUGGUCUGAACACUAUUUGUGCAGUACAUUUACAUAGCCCUAUGUGUUCUUGCCAAGAAGGAUUCUCAGGCGAUCCUUUUACUUCUUGCUAUCCAGUACAACACAUGGUAGUAACAGAUCCUUGCAAUCCAACUCCUUGUGGACCAAAUGCACGUUGUAAAACAUCGAAUAAUGGUGCUGCAGCAUGCAUUUGUGAACCUGGCUAUUUUGGCAAUCCUUAUGAAGGAUGUAGACCGGAAUGUGUUAUAGAUCCCGAUUGUCCAUUCAAUAAAGCUUGCCGAAAGAAUCGAUGUGAAGACCCUUGUCCAGGCGUUUGCGGUUCAACAGCAGUUUGUCAAGUAAUAAAUCAUAUACCAUCGUGCAGUUGCGCACCUUCAUACACUGGAAACCCUUAUGACUAUUGCCACUUGAUUAUAAAAGGUGAACAAGAUACACCAACGCAGAAUCCAUGCAUUCCUAAUCCAUGUGGAAGCAAUAGUAUUUGCAAGAACAACAAUGGUCUCACGUCAUGUUCUUGCGAGCCCGAAUUUUUCGGAUCUCCACCAAAUUGUCGUCCAGAAUGUACAGUAAACUCGGAAUGCCAAUCUACAAAGAGUUGUGAGCGGCAAAAAUGUGUCGAUCCAUGUAUAGGCGUAUGUGGACAAAACGCCGAAUGCCGAGUAGUAAAUCAUGCCCCAAUUUGUAGUUGUCGACAAGGUUUCGAAGGCGAUCCAUUUAUAAGGUGUAACAUUAUAAAAAAACCACCACCAACAGCAGUGAAUCCAUGUGUGCCUUCGCCAUGUGGUCCAAAUUCACUUUGUCAAGUGGUAAACACAUUACCCAUGUGCUCAUGCAUGGACAAAUACAUAGGAUCGCCACCAAAUUGCCGAGCUGAAUGCACUGUGAAUUCCGACUGCCCGAGCACCAUGGCGUGUAUAAACCAAAAAUGUCGCGACCCAUGUCCUGGAUCUUGUGGUCUUCAAACGGAGUGUCAAGUAUAUCAACAUGCAGCUAUCUGCAGUUGUAAGGAGGGCUAUACAGGAAAUCCAUUCCAAAAUUGCUACGUAUCAGAUCAUAUAGAACCAUCACCUGCUGUAUAUGACAAUUGUAAUCCAAGUCCAUGUGGUUCAAACGCAGAGUGUAAUGACGGAUCAUGCAUUUGUAGACCAGGUUAUUUCGGAAAUCCAUAUUUAAGCUGUCGCCCCGAAUGCACACACAAUGCUGAUUGUGUACCAAAUAAGGCUUGCUUGAAUAAUAAAUGUUUAGACCCUUGUAUCAACUUAUGUGGUCUACAAGCAAUUUGUGAGGUCUAUAACCACAUACCCAUGUGCAGUUGCCCAACAGGAACUACUGGAAGUGCUUUUAUAUCUUGCACACCAGCACCUGAUGAAGUCAAAGGAAACCCAUGUGAGCCAUCACCUUGUGGUCCGUACAGUAUAUGUCGAGCCAUAAACGAUCAACCUAUAUGCUCAUGUCUGAUAGGAUACAUUGGAGCUCCACCCUCAUGCCGACCUCAAUGUGUCGUAGAUUCAGAUUGUACAAGCUUGAUGUCAUGUUCGAAUCAGAAAUGCAUUGACCCAUGUCAAGGUUCAUGUGGAUUUAACGCAGAAUGUAAGGUUCAUAAUCACAAACCGAUUUGUUACUGUCGAAAUGGAUUUAGUGGUAACCCAUUCAGUCAAUGCAUUGAAAUUCAAUAUCCGACAUCUAUUAAACCAGCGCCAUGUGAACCGUCUCCAUGUGGUCCAAACUCAGUAUGCAGAGUAGUAGGAGAUUCUCAUUUGUGUGCGUGCACUCCAGGUUUUACAGGAAAUCCGCCGUACUGCCGUCCUGAAUGUGUCACAAAUAGCGAAUGUGAUUUUGACAAAGCAUGUAUAAAUACCAAGUGCGCAAAUCCAUGCCUUGGAGCAUGUGGACGAAACGCAGAAUGUCGUGUUGUUAGUCACUCGCCGCAGUGUGUGUGCCAGCAAGGAUACGAAGGAGAUUAUUUCGAACAAUGUAAACCAAUUGCUAUACCAGCUCCAAGACCAGAACCGAGCAAACCAUGUGUACCAAAUCCAUGUGGAGCAAAUGCUGUGUGCCAAGAUCAAAAUAAUGUCGGAAGCUGUACAUGCUUAAGUGGCUACUUCGGGAAUCCUUAUGAAUCAUGUAGACCAGAGUGUCUAUUAAACUCAGAUUGUCCAGAAAAUAGGGCCUGUAUCAAUAACAAAUGUCAAGAUCCUUGCCCAGGGUUAUGCGGAACCAAUGCACAAUGCAAAAUUGUGAAUCAUAUGCCGCAAUGCAUCUGCAUAUUUGGUUACAUUGGCAAUCCGUAUGACAAUUGUAUUAUCAGAGAAGAAACUAAGGAUCCAUGUAAUCCAUCACCAUGUGGACCAUUUAGCACCUGUCGAAAUAUUAAUAACAACGGUGUUUGCACUUGUUUGCCAGAAUACAUUGGCAGUCCACCAAAUUGUCGACCGGAAUGUCUGACUAGUUCAGAAUGUCCUCUAGAUAAGGCUUGUGUAAAACAAAAAUGUAUAGAUCCAUGCACAGGCAUGUGUGGAGAAAAUGCACAGUGCCGUGUACAUCACCAUAGUCCUUUCUGUACUUGCAUUUCUGGUUUUGAAGGAGAUCCAUUCAUAAGAUGCACGAAAGAGAAAGUUUUUGAACCACCAAUAUUAUCACCGUGUGAACCAAAUCCUUGCGGUCCAUAUUCAACUUGUCAAGAUAUGGGAGGUAAUGCGAUAUGCGAAUGCAAACUGGGAUAUAUAGGAAUCCCGCCUCGUUGCGCGCCUGAAUGUACUAUCAAUGAAGACUGCCCGAACGACAAGGCUUGUGUUAGAGAAAGAUGUUUAGACCCUUGUAUUGGAUCCUGUGGAGCUAAUGCAGAAUGUCGGGCAAUGAAUCAUCUCGCCAUAUGUACCUGCCUAAUUGGCUACCGAGGCAACUCGUUUGUUGGCUGCUAUGCUUAUACUGGAACUGAAACCCCACGCCCCGUAGAUCCUUGUCUACGAUCUCCAUGCGGAAUAAACGCAAUAUGCGACAAUGGCACAUGUCUAUGUAUAGCCGGGUACCAAGGAAAUCCUUACACAGAAUGUCGACCAGAAUGUACCAACGACAACGAGUGUGCCCAAAAACAGGCCUGUGUUAACUACAAAUGUGUCAAUCCCUGCAUAAAUGCCUGUGGCACAAACGCAAUUUGCAAUGUUUAUAAUCAUAUAGCUAUAUGCGAAUGUCCAGCACCAUUAACAGGCGAUCCAUUCUUAGCUUGCCGAAAAAUAGACGUCAUGUAUACAGAAGCUUCCAUUUCACCUUGUACGCCAAACCCUUGUGGACCAAACAGUGUAUGCCGGGCAGCUGGCACGGUAGCCCAUUGCUCCUGUUUGCCAGCCAAAAUAGAGGCACCUCCUGCGUGCCGAUCAGAAUGUCACACGGACUCAGACUGCAGCCCUCAGCUAGCUUGUCGCAAUAAUAAGUGCCGAGACCCCUGUCCUGGUGCCUGCGGAGCGCAUGCCAUUUGCCGUGUGCGCUUACAUUCAGCAAUUUGUACUUGCCCAAUUAAUUUUAUGGGCGAUCCGUUUAUCAGAUGUUUACCAGCACAAGAAACAGAACCCAAGAUACCAUCCUGUCUGGAUUGCGGACCCAACACAGACUGUAUUGACGGCCAAUGUCGUUGUAGGACUGGUUACCGAGGAUCACCUCCAUUCUGUCGCUAUGAAUGUAUCAGUUCUAGCGAUUGCGAAUUACGUCUUGCUUGCAUCAACAAACAAUGUGUGGAUCCUUGUCUUGGAGCAUGCGGUCUUGGAGCUAUAUGUACACCCACGGCGCAUGAACCACAUUGCACUUGUCCCCAGGGCACCACUGGAAAUCCUCUCUUAGAAUGUCGUCCCACCACAGAUAUCCCUCCACAACCACAAGAUCCUUGUAACCCUUCACCGUGUGGACCGGGAGCUAUAUGCCGCACUAAAGGACUUGGGGCGUCUUGCGAAUGCGAACCUGGAUUACUUGGUGAUCCAUACACUGGAUGUCGACCAGAAUGUGUUGCUGACUCCGACUGUUCCCCUACUCGAGCUUGCAUACGAUCGCACUGCCGAGACCCGUGUGUGGGCACUUGUGGUGUUAAUGCUGACUGCGAAACUGUUAACCACAUACCACUGUGCUCCUGCCCACCUGGAACUCGCGGAAAUGCCUUCGAAAAAUGUGACCUCAUAGUAUCACCGCCGCCGUGCACCCCUUCCCCGUGCGGUCCGGGAGCCCUAUGCUCUGUAAUAGGAGACCGGGCACAGUGCUCAUGUCCACCCGGUACCAAUGGUGUCGCGGCCACCAGUGGCUGCCGUCCGGAAUGUGUUGUUAGUAGUGAAUGUUCACGUGACCGCGCUUGCGUCCGCAACAAAUGCGUUGACCCUUGUGUUGGUGCCUGUGGAAAUGGAGCUACUUGCAGAGUUUUCGAUCAUGCUCCGAUAUGCUCAUGUCCACCUUCUAUGACAGGAGAUCCCUUCUUUGAAUGUCGAGUUAGAGAACUAGGACCAGAACCACCGCAAUACGAUCCUUGUGAUCUUAAUCGCUGUGGUCCACAUGGAACUUGCCGUAAUGGAAUUUGUACAUAUCCAGAAUGUGUCGUCAACGACGACUGUCCAGGAAACCGUGCUUGUAUUAACAGAAAAUGUACUGAUCCGUGUGUAAACGCAUGUGGUAUUAACGCAUUAUGUACUGGUAUCAGACAUAAUGCUGUUUGCUCGUGUCCACCUGGAUACUCGGGCUUCGCGCUGGUACGGUGUGAACGAGUUAUAAUUCCAACACCACCAGCACCUGUACCCGAAUGCGUCAAGGACGAUCAAUGUGCAGAUAAUGCUGCUUGCGUAGACUCAAGAUGCACACCAGUGUGUGGACCUAACAACUGUGGUAUCAAUGCCCGGUGUUUGGCAAGACAACACAGAGCACGAUGCACGUGUUUACCUGGGUAUGAAGGCGAUGCGUACAGAGGCUGCUACUCAGUUGAAUGCCAUAGCAACAACGACUGUCCAUAUGAUGAAAGUUGUGAGAAUGGAUCUUGUAUGAAAGUUUGCUCACGCGUACGAUGCGGAGUGGAAGCUCAUUGCGUCGGUCGCGCACACACAGCUAGCUGCGAGUGUGACGCGGGAGCCCGGGGCAAUCCCUGGACGACUUGCCGCCGAGACGAGUGUUCUUCUGAUGACGAAUGCCCUGCUUGGUUGGCCUGCCGCCGUGGAACUUGCACCAAUCCAUGUCCAGGAUCUUGCGCCCAGGUAUCUGUUUGUACUGUGAUACGCCACGCACCGAAUUGUGAGUGUCCACGAGGAACACAAGGAAAUCCAAAGAUCGAAUGUCGACCAGUACUAGAAACAACAUUGGAGUGUCAAACUGAUGCAGAAUGUGGGCCAGAUCUCGCUUGUCUCCAGAACCACUGCAAGAAUCCAUGUGAUGUGACUUCUUGUGGAAUAAAUGCUGUAUGCCGUGUUGCGAAUACAUUACCAUUCCGAACACUGGUUUGCGAAUGUCCCAAACCUUUUACCGGUGACGCUUCCGUAGAAUGUAAACCAGGAGGUGAAUGCUCAGUAGACUCCGAGUGUAACGAUGAGGAAGUCUGUUCUAACCAACGAUGUGUGAAUGCGUGCGACACAACGGGCAGUGCAUGCGGCGUCGGUGCCGAGUGUCGCGCUGCGGCACACCGCGCCUCAUGCAGAUGCGUACCGCCGCUGCAGGGAGACCCGCAGCGAGCAUGCUCUGCUUCAUCAGAAGCCGUACCAAGUCCGGAAUGUGUAGCUGACGAGGAAUGCGGUGCUGCAGAAGCGUGCGUUUCGCAGCGCUGCGUAUCAGCAUGUGCAGGCGCUUGCGGAGCCGGCGCUCUAUGCGAGGCAAUACAACACCGCGCGCGUUGCCGCUGCCCACCCGGCACAGCCGGUGACCCAUCUCGAAAUUGCUACACACCUGAAUGCACAUCCGAUGACAACUGUCCCUUCGACAAGAGCUGUGUCAAUAAUUAUUGCCGAGAUCCUUGCACCUUGGGAUCGCCAUGUGGUCGUGAUGCUAUAUGCGAAGCUGUCGCUCACGUCCCCACCUGUCGGUGUCCUGCUGGCACUCAGGGUGACCCACAUCGCACUUGUAUCUCUGCUGUUUGCCAUUACAAUGAAGACUGUGACGACACUCAAAUAUGUAACAGACUCAACCGUGUUUGCCAGCCUGCCUGCUCAGAAAACUCUUGUGCUUCAGGUGCUUUGUGCACUGCUCGUAAUCACAGGCCAGACUGUACCUGCCCAUCAGGUCGCUCUGGUGAUCCCUAUUCGACCGGUUGUAGCAAAGAAAUUACCACAGAAUGUACAUCAGACUCAGAUUGUGCUGCACCUCUUGCUUGUGUUAAUUCCCGAUGCAUUGACCUCUGUCUGAAUAACCCAUGCGAAUCUGGCCUUCUAUGUAAAACAGUGGACCUUCUGCCACUACGAGCAGUUGCUUGUAUAUGCCCUGAUGGCGGUCGUGCCGCUCCAGAUAGCGGUUGCCGAACACCACCUUCAGCUGAAUGUACUUCAGACUUCGAAUGUGCCCUCAGUCAAAUUUGUCGUCGCGGAAGCUGCGUGGAGGCUUGCAAAGCUGAUCCAUGUGGAUUCAACGCCUUGUGCGAAUCAAAAGAUCACGCUUCGCACUGCAAUUGUCCUCAAGGCUACAAUGGAAACCCGAGAAUCGAAUGCAAUCCAGAAUCAAGACAACCUACAGCAGAAUGCUACAGCGAUGACGAAUGUCAUUCCGAACGUGCAUGCAUCAAUCGCCUGUGUGUAAACCCAUGUACAGACACUUGUGGACCCGGUGCACUGUGUCGAGUAAUUGAACAUAAGCCGCAAUGCACCUGCCCAAAAGGAUUUACAGGUGUCGCAACAGUUCAAUGUAUUCCACCAUCAGAAGGCUCAGUGGGCUGCAAAGCCAACUCAGAAUGUCCAUUAUCGCAAGCGUGCAUUAAUGGUGCCUGUGCCAAUCCAUGCUCUUGCGGCACCAAUGCACAAUGCAACGUUAUAAGACAUCACCCAGUCUGCUACUGUGAAGACGGAUACUCAGGCAACCCUUACUCUGGAUGUACUAAAGUUGGCUGUACUUCGGAUUCUGAAUGUUCUGACAGCGAUACCUGCUACAAUGGCGCCUGUAUAAAUCCCUGUAUCAUAGAAGCACCUUGCGCUAUAAGCGCCGAAUGUUACGGAGAAUCACAUCGACCAAAUUGUAGAUGUCCAAUAGGUACUACUGGAAAUCCAUACACGAGAUGUCGCUCAGCGGAAUGCCAAAUUGAUAAUGAUUGUAACGACGAUAGCGUCUGUGUAACAGGAGUAUGUCGCAAUGCGUGUUCAAAUUACGACCUCAAUCCUUGUGCCAAUAAUGCUGAAUGUUUCGCACGAAAUCAUGCAGCCUCCUGCAAGUGUCCACCUGCGCUACCAUUUGGAGAUCCAUUGACUCAUUGUGAGAAACUAAACGUAGUCGGUGAACCUGAAUGUCGUCUAGAUAGCGAUUGCCCCAGCGGUCAUGCAUGUCUCAAAGAAGAAUGUCGCGAGGCUUGCACGGAAUUGAAACCAUGUAUAGGUAAUUCUCGGUGUACUGUUUCCGAUAGUGUACCUUUUAGAACUUUAAUAUGUCGCUGCCCAGAUGGGUAUGUACCGGAUGAAAGAGGUUCGUGUAAACCUGCACAGUUACCACCACUAAGCUGUUCUUCAGACCGAGACUGCAGUGACCAAGAGUCCUGCGUCAACAGAAUUUGUCGCAACCCAUGUAAUUGUGGAGAUAAUGCAGAAUGCUUUGUUCGAAAUCAUCGCCCCAUUUGUUCGUGUCAUGAAGGAUUUGAUGGAGAUCCGUAUCACUCAUGCCGUACAGUCGGUUGUCGUGCCAACUCAGAAUGUGAAUCAAGUGCAGCAUGUAUCAAUGGAAACUGUAUCAGUCCUUGCUUAUUAAACAGCACAUGUGGACCAAAUUCUGAAUGUUACGUGGAAAGAAAUCAGCCACUUUGUCGUUGCCGCCCUGGUUUCGAAGGUGAUGCCUAUGCUGGUUGUAACGCAGUUGAAUGUAGAUCAAAUGGAGACUGCCCACAAAACAAGCAAUGCCAUGCUCAUCGUUGUGUAGAUCCUUGUCUUUCUGAUAACACAUGCGGUAACUACGCAAUUUGCCUAGUACGAAAUCACAAUGCUAUGUGUAAAUGUGAACAAGGCUAUACAGGUAAUCCAUAUGUAGAAUGUAAACCACAAAGAACCGUUGAAUGUUACGUAGACGCCGAUUGCCCAUCUAAACUUGCAUGUUUGUCAUCUAAGUGUGUGGAACCAUGUACAACUCUCCAACCGUGUGCAAUACCAUCUCGCUGUGAAGUAUCACCUACUUUACCCGUUCGUACUCUGCUCUGUACAUGUCCGCCUGGAUAUGUAAGCAGCGGUGGUGGUAUGUGCCGCCCUACAACACCUAUUCUUGACGUCGAAUGUCAGAGCGAUACUGAUUGCACUACAAAUAAUGCCUGUAUAACUUCUGUUUGUAAGAACCCAUGUGAAUGUGGGCCUAAUACUGACUGCCAAAUCAAAGAUCAUAAGCCAGUUUGCGCAUGUAGACCCGGUUAUAUUGGCGAUGCACGACUUGGAUGUUACAAGAUUUUAUGCCAGUCAGACUCUGAAUGUUCUGACGAUGAGACUUGCAUCAAUAGCCGUUGUAUACCUGCCUGUUCUAUUGAAUCUGACAUCUGUGGUGAGUCUGCUGAAUGUUACGGCACGGAUCAUCGGGCCUCUUGUAGAUGUAAAAUUGGUACUGUAGGUAAUCCAUCCAUAGCUUGUACAGCCAUCGGCUGCCGUGCCAACAGUGAUUGUCCGCCAGAUAAAUCGUGUAUUAACUCAAAAUGUGUAAACCCAUGUACACCUGAAACUUGCAAUGACUACGCUGAAUGUAGAGUCCAUUUACAUGACAUCCACUGUGUUUGUCCGCCUGGCUAUCGAAGCACAGAAACAGGUUGUGAAAAAAUAAAGGAACCACAAUGUAUAUCUGAUAUCGACUGCCCGCCUGGAACUGCAUGUCUAAAUGCAAAAUGUGUCAACCCUUGCCUAGAAAUCAAGCCGUGUGGAAACAAUGCAGAAUGUAAAGUUGCCGAUACACUGCCAGUACGAACAAUGAUCUGCGAGUGCUUGCCGGGAUACAAAGGAAAUGCUUUGUUAGAAUGUACACCAAAUAGAAUACCAAUUGCAAAAUGUAUUGAUGGACAAGGAAUAGACACACUAGGUGAAUGUGCACCAUGUUACGAAGACGAAGGUCGCAUUGUCGACAGCCGUGGCCGGUGUGUAUGCGAUACUGAACGCGGAUUCUCUCCGCGAGGAGACAUCUGCGUGCAAGCAGGAUGCCGCGCCGACGACCAAUGCGAUGAUCACUCUCGCUGCAUCAACGGGGCAUGUGUCGAGGCUUGUGCCGCUGAGCCUUGCGGAGUGGCCGCCUAUUGCAAUGCCACUAAUCAUCGCUCUAUCUGCACAUGUAAACCAGGCUACGUUGGUAAUGCUCGCGUCCACUGUAAUGCUACUACUCCACCGGACCACAACUACCGCACAGAUUUCCCUAUACCAGAGAUGCAAGUUAACUGCGAAGCAAAUGGUGUCCGUGUCAGCUUAAAAAUUAAGGACUUCAAUGGAGUAUUAUACGUGAAAGGAUACAGUAAAGACGAACGCUGCCACCGAGUUGUGCACACUUCUGAAAAUCAAGAAAGCCCAGUGGACUUCACUGUUCACUUUGGAGACUGCGGCUUAGUGCAUAUUAACGGUUUGGCAAGUUUUGUAUUAGUAAUGCAGAAACAUCCUAAACUAGUGACAUCCAAUGCUAAAGCAUUCCACAUAAAAUGCAUCUACCAAACUGGUGAAAAGAAUGUGACUCUAGCAUUCAACGUUUCGAUGCUCACCACCGCUGGAACCAUAGCUAAUACUGGGCCACCGCCCACGUGCUCAAUGAGAAUUGUAACUCGAUCUGGUGACCAAGUGAGCUCUGCUGAAAUCGGAGAGAAUUUGGUUUUACAAGUUGACGUACAACCUUCAAGUAUAUACGGUGGUUUUGCUCGAAGUUGUAUCGCAAAGACCAGUGAAGUGUCAACGAAAGCUGAAAAUGAACAUAUUGUAACCGACGCAGAUGGUUGUGCUACGGACACAGCCAUUUUCGGAGAGUGGGAACGAAGUGAAGACGGCAGUGCUCUUCGAGCGUCAUUUAAUGCUUUCAAAUUCCCAAGUAGUGACAAUAUAAGAUUCCAAUGCAAUAUUAGAGUCUGCUUUGGUAAAUGUCAACCGGUUAAUUGCCGUGGAUUCGACGCUUUCGGAAAACGAAGAAAGAGAGAAGCGAUCGAUAACGAAGUUCGUCUGGUAAGCAACGAAGGUCAACUCAGGGAGGAGGUGACGGUCGAGUCCAACCCUAUUGUUGCGCUGGAGCGACGCGACCCAUCUCGGGUAGCACGGCAGCGCGACGGUUCCGGCUUAGAGGGUGGUCCGGGCAACGCAGGCGAAGUGUGCGUGUCGGCUGCUGGGUUGGCAGUAGCCUUAGCAUUAACUGCUCUACUGGCGCUGGUGGCCGUGGCAGCUGCUGUCGCGUGCUGGCUGGUAGCGUGGAGACGCGCGCGGCCGCCGCCCGCACCGCUGCCGCACCCGCCCGACUUCCCAAACCCGCUGUUCCAGCGCUAAGCGCUGCCCGCAGUUGCUAGUCCGCGCCCCGCUCCUCCGCCGGCGCCGGGCGGUGUUGGCUCUUCCUUCUCCUCAUACGGCUUCAUUCUGUGCGCGCCGCCGGAGGACCGCCGGGCGAGGGCGUCGUGAGUGCCACCCUCGCCGCGCUCACAACGCCCUACUUUAGAUUAUUUUAUUUUUAUAUAAUAAUUUUAUAAUAUUUCUUUUUAACGUGGAAUCGUCGCCUCCUUGAAGUUUUGUGAUAUUCAUAUAAUAUAAAUAUUCGAAAACACCAUUAUAUGUAAAAUAAAGCGAAUAUUGAAUAUACUUUAGGAUAAGAAAAUAAUAAUAUUAAUAAUAAAUAA